CUAUGGAACGCUGUCUGUGUUCUUUCCAUUCACAGCACAGUUCCUGCCAUCUGAUUGGUCCGCAGUGUUCCAAUGGGCGGAGUACGAGAACCAACUUAGCUCUGUAAAAAUCUCUCUGCCUGCUGACCGUGCUCAAAAAGUUCAGAACUUUUCCCAAUGCUCCCCCAGCCUGAUCCCUGCACCCAGCCUGCACCCAUCCUGUAGUGACUGAUCCUUGAACCCAGCCAGGCACCCAGCUUUCCAGUGACUGAUCCCCACCCAGGACACAUUGACUCCAUACACUGUGGGAGACUCUAUUACUUCUUCUUUAUUAUCACCAUCCUCCUCAUCCUCACUGGAGCAGAGCUGCUACGUGUUGACCUAGGAGUAAGGGUACCGGGAUCUGCAGGACUGAGUUCACCUGGCUUUACUGUCUGUAUCUCUGAGUAUCUGGGGAGUCUGAGCCCGGAGUUGUGGGUUCUGAGCGCUGAGUUGGCUCCUUCUCUAUGAGUUGACUCUCCAGCUGAUCCCGGCCUGGGCAGAUCAGGGAGGAGGGAGGAGGGUGUCCAAACUCUCCGGAUUGCCUGUGGAUAUUGUAUGAUUCUUGCUGCCCCCUCUGUGCCCCGUGUGCCCCCCCUGUGCCCUGUGUGAGUGGAGGAGCCAUGCAGGCGCGAUACUCGGUGUCCAGCCCGAACUCGCUGGGAGUAGUGCCCUACCUGGGGGGGGAGCAGAGCUAUUACCGGGCAGCGGCGGCCGCGGCAGCUGCAGGAGGGGGGUACACAGGCAUGCCGGCCCCCAUGAGCAUGUACUCACACCCAGCCCACGAGCAGUACCAGGCCGGCAUGGCCAGAGCCUACGGGCCCUACACCCCCCAACCGCAGCCCAAGGACAUGGUGAAACCCCCCUAUAGCUACAUCGCUCUGAUCACCAUGGCCAUCCAGAACGCCCCCGAUAAGAAGAUCACCCUGAACGGCAUCUACCAGUUCAUCAUGGAGAGAUUCCCCUUCUACCGGGACAACAAGCAGGGCUGGCAGAACAGCAUCCGCCACAACCUGUCCCUCAAUGAGUGCUUUGUCAAGGUGCCCCGGGAUGACAAGAAGCCGGGGAAGGGCAGCUACUGGACCCUGGACCCGGACUCCUACAACAUGUUCGAGAACGGCAGCUUUCUGCGCAGGAGGCGGAGGUUCAAGAAGAAGGAUGUGAUCAAGGACGGGGCCAAGGAGGACAAGGAGCGGCUGAUGAAGGACCAUGCCGCCCAACCGUGCUCAGCCCAGCGGCAGCCGAGCCAGGCCGGGGGGGAGCAGGAGGGCGGCCCGCAGCCGGUCCGGAUUCAGGACAUAAAGACCGAGAACGGCUCGGCCUCCCCCCCGCGGGCCAUGUCUCCGGCCCUGUCCGCCGUGCCCAAGAUAGAGAGCCCGGACAGCAGCAGCAGCAUGUCCACCGCUGGCAGCCCGCACAGCAUCCCGUCCGCCCGCUCCCUGAGCAUGGACUCCGACUCCCACCACCCCCAGCACCACAGCCAGGGCUUCAGCGUGGACAACAUCAUGACCUCCCUCCGGGGCUCCCCGCAGGGCUCGGGGGACCUGCCAGCUGGACUCAUCCCUUCCUCCUCCCGGACUGGCAUCGCCCCGGCCCUGUCCAUCAACUACCCCUCGGGCCAGGGCACCCUCUACAGCUCGCCCUGCAGCCAGAGCUCCGGCCCGGCCGGGACCUAUCACUGCAACAUGCAGGCCAUGAGCCUGUACUCCGGGGACCGAGCCGGACACCUCACCCCCUCCAACACCCCAGCAGCCAGCACGGUGGAAGAGUCCUUACCUGACUACAACAUCACCACCAGCACCACAACCACCUCGGCCCUCAGCCAUGGCAGCCAGGAGCACCCCCACCAGGGCCGCCUGCCCUCAUGGUACCUGAACCAGGCCGGGGAUCUGGGCCACCUGGCCGGGGCCACCUACCCUGGGCAACAGCAGAACUUCCACUCGGUGCGAGAGAUGUUUGAGUCCCAGAGGAUUGGAUUGAACAGCUCCCCUGUGAAUGGGAAUAGCAGCUGUCAGAUGUCCUUCCCAUCCAGCCAGUCUCUGUACCGCACCUCGGGGGCAUUUGUCUAUGACUGCAGCAAAUUCUGACCAAAGAUCAAUCAAAACAAGUUUGAAAAAAUGAAAGAAACUCCUUUAUUAUUAUUAUUAUUAUAUUAUUUUUUUUUCUUCUACAAAAAAGAGGGAAAAUUGUAUAGAUAUAAUUCUCAAAUUCCCUCAUCCAAAAGUCAAAAAACACCUAGUUUGUACAGAGACACAAAUAAUGUGUGGUUUGUAAAAGCCAAAUCGACACGUAAGUUUCUUUUACUUUUGAGAAAAUCGUUUUGUUUUUGUUUGUUUUUUGGAAGGUAUUAUUUUGCAUAUGUUUAAAAGCAUAUAUAUAUGGCAAGCUUUUAUGAACUUGUUCUCAGAUGUAAAUUGCAAUAUAGUAAUUUAUUUUAAAGUGUACUUGGACCAAACGCCAGGCAGUGUUGGCCAGCAGCUCACAAUGAGAUAUUUGAACUUUAGAGUUCUCAUUACAAGGAAGAAAAAAUGUACCCAGCAUAUUUUUAUCAAUUUGUUUUCUUCUGUUCAAAAUAUUCUGAAGGCUUAGUAUUGUUUGUUUCUUAAUAAAUUACCAUUCUAUUUGAAUGAUAAACAUGUCUGACAACUCUUUAAAUUUAGUAAAGGCAAACCACGCACAAACACAUAUACUAUACAUGAUAUCCUUCUAUCUAUCUUUCUAUCUAUCUAUCUAUCUAUCUAUCUAUAUAUACACAUGUAUAAUAAUUCUAUAUAUGUGUGUAAAUAUAUAUGUUACAUAGUUAUGAUAUAUACAACAUAUAAUAUAUAUUAUACAUACUAAUUUAUAAAUAAAUUUUUUAAGUAUUUGAUAUGGAUGUCACUUGAACAAGAUUUUUUGUACAGAUGUGCUAGAGAUUUAUGUUUUAAUGGGCGGAUUUUGAUAUAUCGAUGACAUUUUUAUUUUACCUAAUUGUGUGAAAAUCUAAGUGAGAUUUUUUUGAAGUACUUGUAUGAGUUGCUACACUUAUACUGUACUUACUACGAAAUCACAUCCUAUGCUCACCCCUUGUCAGGUUAGAUAUUUUACCACCAGCUUCCUUAAUUUACAAGGUAGACUCCUGAGGCUGUCCUCAUCCCCUCCUCCAUGUACUGAUAAGUCAGGAAAUGCAAUAAAUUCAUUAACUUCUGGUGAUCUGUCCUGUCAAUCAGUAUUUUAAAGUUGAUUAGCUGAUUAGAGAUUUUUAGGCCUGUGCUGACUCUUUGGAUAAUGCAUUGAGCCUUAUCUAGAAGGAGCUUUUAGAUGUAAUUGUUUGUUGUUAGAGCUGAUCGUUAAAGGUUUAUUGAGAAUUAAUAGCAGCUCAUAUCUAUUGUGCAAAUAUUUUCUCAGCGUUUCAUUUUAUUUUAGGGGUAUAUUUAUUAAACACUUAGUUGUGGAGAGAUGACAACAGAUUUGCAAAAUUUAAGACAGUAACAAAAAUCAAAUCCUGAAUUUAGCUAUAUUUAUUGUACAUUUUACAAGCCAGUUGUCUUCUCUCCACAAGUCACUGUUUAGCGAAUAGACUUUUAUUUUUUUCUAUUCUUCCCCUUUAUUAGAGUCUAAUACAGUUAGUUAUUAAGCAGAUCUGUCUACAUGAUAUACGUCUAAUUACCACACAAUCGAAUGUUAUCUCACAACAUUUGAGAAAUACAUAAUAAUGCCAAAUAAAAAUAAAUGUACACAUAUAUGUACCGGCUGUUAGUAAAUGCACCAUGAAUGGUUUGUCUGUAGUACUGGCAUGGAGUUAUACUGUAGUGGAAGUGUAUACAUGUUGCAUGCAGUGUGGCUUUCUGGUUAAUUCAUUCCUGAAGUUUCCUGCUGGUCUUGGGUAUCAAGGUGAAAGGUUACUUAAAUUGUGUGCACUUUACAUUUUAUGUGCUACUCGGCUAUUAAUCUUCCAGUAAACAUUUGGAAUGCACUGCCAUUUAUUUAUUAGCUGUAAUUCAUAAUAAUAGUAAUACAAAUAAUAUUAAUAAAAGUAAUAAUAAUAGUGAACAUUACUUUUUAAUAUAAAACUAAUAAUUAUAAUAGUGAUACUACUACUGGUAAUCUAGCUAUAAUAAAACUAUUAUUACUAUUAUUAUUAUUAUUAUUAAUUAGGACAUGUUUUUCUCUUUGAUUAUUGCUACACGAGCAUUUUAAUUUAUUCCCAAAUGUAUCUUUACUGAUCAAGUUAGCAUAGUGUAGGAUUAUUGAUUAAAAGAGAGAUAAAGGACAGAACAGGCUUAUUAUAAACUCCUUGCCCUGUUUGGUUUGAGGAUGUAACCAGAAACCCAACAGGUUAGUCUGAAUGUUUUAGUGUAUUUUUCGCUUGAUUUAUCACAAAGCCCCUGUCAGCAGUAAUAUUCGGAUUGUAUGUUAUCCCACGAAAUGUCUCGGAUCGGGACAGGGGGAGGGGGACUCGGAUUGGUUUUCAUGAACGAAUUUAGUGCCAAACAAUGCAACGAAAGGCAUUUCCAAAAAGUAAUAAUUCUGAGAAAUUGUUUUAUUUUGUUGUGCAAUGUUGGACUAUUGCUGCUAGUUCAGUCCUAGAUAGGAGCUGUGUAACUGGCUUCACCUCUGGUCCUGUAGCUGUCUAAAAGUAUAAGAAAAUCACGAACUGACCAGGGAGUCGCACAAUUAAGGCUAAAAUAGCAGACAUUUUAAUAAUUUAAUCAUUUUUCCCAUUUGGCUAUUUCGGCCUAAGAUUUGCAAUUGCCAGUUAAUUUCCCAAUUCUCCUUAUUUUAGUGAAUAAAUCUCUUAGUGUGAUAUGUCUGAUUUUGUACAAUUUUCCUGUCUAACUGGAUAUUCUUCUAAUCAACAAGAGAUCCCAUUAUACUACAGCCUGAGCAAGUAACACAAUGCAAAGACAAUGAAAGAAUAACAUGCUCUCUAAAAAAUAGACAAGAGAGAAAACCGAAUAUAUGUAUGGAGUUAUUACAUCAUUUGGAGAUUAAGGUGUGAUAUUUCUGCAUUUACCCACUGUUUAUUUAUGGAGUGAAAUUGAUGCAGGUAUACAAUCAGUGUCAAAUUUCAGUGUGAUCGUGGUGCUAGUGUAAGGGAUACCGAUAUAUAUAUUCAGCAGAAAUUGAUAUAUGGUUUUUUUUUUGUUUUGUUUUUUUUUUUAGUUUUUUUUUAAUGUAAUUAGGAGACGUGUGUUGUUGCCAGGCUGUGUGUGUACCAGACUAAAAGUGAGCUGGGCAGUACAUGGAGUCACCUAUUAGAUGGCAUCAUCCAGCUAGAAGGGUUGUUAUGUGUGUGAAACAGGAAAAACAAACAUAUGAGACCCGUGACUAAUUCUAUCCAAAUAACACAGUGUUGAACGGAUGAUACUUGACCAAACUAGAUGGAGAGGGGAGUAUGUGUCAGCUAUGGCUUCCCUCCAUUCUGUUUUAUUUGUAUUAUUGUAUUUAUUUAAUAUUGGUUCUAAGAAUAAGAUUGUUGUUUGUAAUUUUCUCUCCUAGUGAUUGUGUCUGUAUGAGAGAUAUACAUGGAGGGCUGUGAUCCUAUAUCAGGGGGGAUAUAUCCCAGGUCACUGUGUGUCUAUGCUGAGGUCUUUCUAACUAUCUCGGGCAGAGCUAGACCUGCAUUUGCCUUUUAGGUUAAAUCUUAAGGGAUCAGCUUCUUUUCUGAUUUAUGGCUUUUCACAUUCUUCUCCCAUCAAAAGGGGGAAAUUAAGGAGUUUCAAGUAAGUAGAAUCAGAUCUCUCAAAAAUCAGAUUUAAUUAAUUUGAUUCUCCAGGACAAAGAGUAGCAAUAAGAAAAUAAUAUGAUAGGCAGGUAGGACUGUGGCAGAUCAAAGACAGCGGCAACAACAAAACACACACACACACGCACACACACACUUGCUGUAACAGAACAUAUAUAUAUAUAUACAUUUCACAAUUUAUAUAUAAAUAUGUAUAUACAAUCUGUGAAAUAUAUAUAUAUAUAUUAUACAUAUGUAUUGGUUCUGCUAUAUAAUACACACACUAGGGUAAACAUUUUCAGUACUUUGCUGAUACUUUUAGUUUUAUAAAAAGUUUGAGAUAUUCAUACUGUAAUGUUCUGUUAUUGUAUAUUAAUGUACACACACACUCCCGCAGGGUUUUUAUAUAGCUAUCCAUAGACACGCACUCACAGAGACUACCAUUACUGUAAAGAUAUCAUCUAAAUUGAAGUAAUAGCAAAAUUCAAGCCUUUUCUAAUUCUCACACACCAUACGCACACUGUGUGUAUAGAUGCAUUGGCAGGCACAGUGUAUGUGUAAACUAUAUUUCUCUACUUAUUCAUUAUUUUAUACAUAUGUAUAAUGAAUACGUAGAGAAAUGUUGGGGCAACAAAAUACCCUUCCACCUCUCUGUUCCUGUACGUCCAGUUGUCUGGUUACAAUUACAUGUCUGUUAGUCCACCCAUUGUACAGCGCUACGGAAUCUGAUGGCGCUAUAUAAAUAAUAAAAUAAUAAUAAAAUAAUAAUUAUAUAAAUAGGUAGGUAGUACGGUAGGUAGGUAGAACUGGGAUGCAUUGUGCAGUUCACAAUAUGGACUACAUUUACUAACAACUACAAAAACUACAAAACUACAAACAGAUAGGGUAAAACUAGCUCCACAGACUUUAGAGCAUAUUUAGUUAUUUAUUUAUGAAUUUAUUUAUUUACCACGAAGCAUACACUGAUAUUUCUCUGGGUUUUAAGUAUGUCCGAGGCCCACAAACAUCACAUUGUUACAAUAGAGUACAGUAUAAUAGUAAAAUGAUAAAAUAAUAUUAAAAUACACAUAUAUAAAUUUAACACAGAACAGGGAAGAAAUAUAAUCCACAUGAGUAAAAUAGCGAGUUUUUGUGACUUCCAUAUAAUAGCCGGUAUAUAAUCUGCAAUGCUAGUCAUUUCUUAGCUAUAAAUAAUAAAAUAAUAAUAAUAAUAAUAAUAAUAAUAAUAAUAAUAAUAAUAUUGUGUCCAUGUAGUUUAGAAUAAUUCGCUAAUAAUGAUAGAGGCUCCCUGGAUAUUAUUCCAUCCAGCAGUAUGUGACAGUUAUUAUGUACAGCUAUAAUGUACAGUCUGGGACAGCCAUGCAUUAUAAUAGCUAGCCUGGCACAGAGGGCACUAUUGUAGUACUUUUUAAUAUGGUGGCCCAGUCAGAACUCAUACUUGCCAGUCUGCUAACAUGUGUCAGUCUCGUUUAUUGUCCUCGGAAAAUAGCUAAUUGUGGGGAUCUAAGAUUUCAAUCUAAACCAGCCAAACGGUAGCCAUAGCUGUGAUAGUUAAUGUCAUAAAACAGAAUUUUUUACCUACAUUUUGCAAAUCGGGUUUCAUUUUUUUGCAUUGGUAGAAAUCACAUUGCAUUAAGGCGUGCAUCCAAGAAAACAUUUAUUUCAUUUAUUGAGGAUCGAAUCAUAAAGUGUGCAUUUGUUUUAAUCGACCUAAAAUAUAAAAACAAAUCAUAGAAAAAUCAUAAAAAGCUAAAUAUAAAACCUACUAAAAUAUAAAAAAUACAAAAUUAAGUCGAAAAUGCCAAGUAUUUGCCUCCGAAUGAGCCCGAUGUUUUCACAAAUAAGCAUUGAUUACAAUGUUUAACUUAAUUUAGAUAACAAGCAAAUUAAUAUUAAACUAAAAAUGUAUAAACAGGGAUUUAAUAUGCAACUGGCUGCACAAAUCAGCUCUGAAUUAGGUUGUGUGUAGACAGACUUGGUUCUCCUCAUUCGUUUUUUAUUGAACAAAUGCCAAUAUUCCAAUAUUUCUAUAUCAGGUUAACCGUUUGUAUGGUGAGUUACUUGCAUGAACCGGACUAAGCAUUGCUUGGUUUAACACUUUGACAGCCAGUAGGCUAUAUGACAAAGGAUAAACUGUCUAUAUGACAUAGGGAAAAGCUUUCUUAGAGUGGCAAAAGAUACAGCUAGCCCAGGCAUAGGCAACUUUCGACACUCCAGAUGUUUUGGACUACUCCUACCAUGAUGCUUUGCCAGCACUAUGGGUGUUAGAGCAUUAUGGGGGAUGUAGUCCAUAACAUCUGGAGUGCCGAAGGUUGCCUACCCCUGAUCUAGACUAUAGUACACACGGUUUUUUUUAAAUUAGAAAUUAACCGGUUUAUGGGGUUUAUUCACUAAGCAUUGAACUGCAGUUAACUAAAAACCGAAUUGCAAAAUGUAGGAAAAAGUGUUUCCUUGCUAAUAUUCUCAAAGGCAUUAAUUAAUCCCAGUUUGGCUAUGUCAGUCCACAUUAUACAAUCCCAUUUAAUUAGGUGUUUAAUGAAGAAAACUAAAUCUGCAACCUUUAGGGCAAAUAUCCAAGUUGAUAAGAAUUUUCCAGUUGUAGAAUGUAUUUCAGUUCUGCUAGUUUUCUGACAUUUAGGCAUUUCGAUUGGUCAAAAUCGUGAUUUAAAAAUCGUGAUUUAGCAACUGCUUAGUAAAUAGACCCAUAAGCGGUUAUAUCUGAGUUUUCAGCUUUUUACAUUUUUACAAGUGUCUUUAAUAUUUCCAUCGAAUAAAGAGACAGACAGACAUACAGAUCUAGAAUUUAAGCUCACUGAGCAGAGCCCUCCACCUCUCUGUUGUCUGGUUAUAAUUACAUGUCUGUUAGCCCACCCAUUGUACAGCGCUACAGAAUUCGAUGGCGCUAUAUAAAUAAUAAAAUAAUAAUUAUUAUUAUAUAAAUAGGUAGGUAGUACGGUAGGUAGGUAGAUCUGGGAUGCAUUGUGCAGUUCACAAUAUGGACUAAAUUUACUAACAGAAAACUGGGUCAGUUCUGUGUUGUUUUAAUAAAAGUAUCACCAUGGAGACCAGUAGAAUGUUUGUGCUAAUUGACCCAGUAUUGUCCUGGCCUAGCAGUAGUCCAGUGUGUAGGUAGCCCAUGGCUGUGAAUGGCUAGCCGGCUACCUGGCUGGGCCAUCACGCUCUCUCUGCUCAUUGUAAAGUUUAGUAAAUCCGUCCAGAGGUGGUGCGUGUGUGGAUGAAUAUAACCCUCUCGUUUUAAUUAUGAUCAGGCUCAUAAAGUCAUUCAUUUCAUUCCAGAGCUAUAAACAAAUGUCGCGUUAGUCCAAGAUUGAUGGGGUCUGUGUAAUAAAAGCAGGCCUGGUCAGGAAGGAAUAAAAUUCAAUCAGGGGCUGGGAAUCAUUUUUCAGGGCAAGGGAAGACAAGAGAGAGACGGGGGUCAGGGAGAGGAUGUCGGACCGUGUGCUGGCCCAUACACACACAUUGAUCCUUCUAACAGGCAGAAUUGGAUUUUGGCUUUUCCAGACACCAGUCACCGGCGAGAUUGUAUUUUGUAUGUAAAACCCGCAUAAUAGUAAUAAAAAAUAUAUAGAAGUAGAUAGAAAGGCAGAGAGAAAGAUAGGCACUUAGUAAUGGAAAUAUAGGAUAGAAAUGAAAUCUACUUUGUAAAGUAAGAAUGUUUAUUUUUCUUUAGAGCAUAACAGCGUACAAAUUCAAUUUAGUAUUUUAUUUUUUUCGAAAUCGCUCCUAUCCUAUUCAUUUAUACGUUGAAAGCGCAUUAAGUGUAGUGAUUGGAUUUUUUUUCAAAUGUCUAAUUUUGGAAAAUCUUAUAAUAAUUCUAAAAUUCGAGUAGUUUUCGCCAAUUACAUAUACACAGGCAUAUUGGCAGACUCCAUACAUACAAUGAAACCUUUCUAAAUUGCCAUCUUAUUUUUUUAUUUCAUCUUUCUUAAUUUGUUGUUACAUUCCUACAAGUAAAUGGUGUGUCUAUAUAUCCAUAGAUAUGUAUUGUGUAUAUUCAAUGUAUACUCCUGGAUGUCCGUGUGCUUUAUACAGUUAGAAACAUGCUUUCCAUGAUUUAACACGAGUUAUUUAUACUGUAACAUUUACACAAAUACAUUACAGCAUUACUCUAACACAGAUUCAGUAGCACAACUGCACACACAUUCAUUUUACAGUACCAUCAUUCUACGAAAAUAAUUCAUUUUUAAUAUAAAAUGUAAGCAGUACGUUCACGUACAAAGUGCUGUAAUAGAAACACAAAGUGCAGUAAUACUCAGACACCCAGAGACCAGUAAUACUUAGACACACAAAGUGCAGUAAUACUCAGACACCCAGAGACCAGUAAUACUCAGACACCCAGAGACCAGUAAUACUCAGACACCCAGAGACCAGUAAUACUCAGACACACAAAGUGCAGUAAUACUCAGACACCCAGAGACCAGUAAUACUCAGACACACAAAGUGCAGUAAUACUCACACACACAGAGACCAGUAAUACUCAGACAUAGAGUGCAAUAAUACUCAGACACAGAGUGCAGUAAUGCUCAGACAUACAGAAUGUAGUAAUACGUAGACAUAGAGUGCAUUAAUACUCAGACACAGAGAUCAGUAAUACUCAGACACAGGGUUCAAUAAUACUCAAACACAGAGUGCAGUAAUGCUCAGAGACACAGAAUACACUAAUACUCAGACACACAGAAUCUAGUAAUACUCAGACACAGAGAUCAGUAAUAUUCAGACACACAGAGUGCAGUAAUACUCACACACAAAGUGCAGUAAUACUCAUACACUGAGUGCAGUAAUACUCAGACACAGAGUGCAACAAUGCUCAGACACACAGACCGCAGUAAUGCUCAGACAGACAGGAUGUAGUAAUACUCAGACAUAGAGUGCAAUAAUACUCAGACACAGAGAUCAGUAAUACUCAGGCACACAGAAUGUAGUAAUACUCAGACACAGAAUGUAGUAAUACUCAGACACAGAAUGUAGUAAUACUCAGACACAGAUAUCAGUAAUGCUCAGACAGACAGAGUGCAGUAAUACUCAGACACACAGAGUGCAAUAAUACUCAGACACACAGAGUGCAAUAAUACUCAGACACAGAGUGCAGUAAUACUCAGACACGCAAAGUGCAGUAAUACAUAGGCACACAGAAUGUAGUAAUACUCAAACACAGAGUGCAAUAAUACUCAGACACAGAGUGCAGUAAUACUCAGACACACAGAGUGCAAUAAUACUCAGACACAGAGUGCAAUAAUACUCAGACACACAAAGUGCAGUAAUACUCAGACACACAGAAUGUAGUAAUACUCAAACACAGAGUGCGGUAAUGCUCAGAGAGAGUGCAGUAAUACUCAGACAUCGUGCAGUAAUACUCAGACAGAGUGCAGUAAUACUCAGACACACAGAAUACAGUAAUACUCAGAGUGCAGUAAUACUCAGACACACAGAGAUCAGUAAUACUCAGACAUACAGAGUGCAGUAAUACUCAGACACACAGAGUGCAUUAAUACUCAGACACACAGAUCAGUAAUACUCAGACACAGAGAGUGCAGUAAAAGUCAGACACACAGAGUGCAGUAAAAGUCAGACACACAGAGUGCAGUAAUACUCAGACAGAGUGAAGGAUCCACAAGUAUUUCUCACAAGUAUACACAACACAUGGAUAAUAUAAUAGUCACCGCCCGGUACCUCUCUCAGAACCAUGGUGGAUCAAUAAUCCUUACCGAGUGCACUGUGCUAUGGCCAUCCAUAAUACACAAUAUAAAUAAUGAUUCCUAAUGUGCUCGAAUGUAAUUCGCUCUAGUCUAGGGAAUCUCUAUACAUCCCGUGCAUGUGGUAAAACUGCAAUAUGUCCGAAUUCAUUAUUAUUAUUUUGUUAUUAUUAUGAGCACCAAGCUUUGUAAAUAGAGUCGAGAUUUAUUCCUGGAAAAGAACAAAUUAAGGGAUAUGAGUCUCCGGCACUCCAUUUUCUGCGCACUCCAACUCCCAUCACACCCAGUGGACAGUGUUGUAGUCGGGCAGCUGCUGGAGUGUCAGAGGUUACAUGUUCUGUGUUAACUGUGAGAGGAUUUAUUGUCUUAGGUAAUAGACACAGCAGGCCUGUCAGCCAGGGAACCCAAUAUAUUAUGUGAUUAUUAUAUGGGACUAGUGGUCGGAUUACGGACUGCAGUUCACACGUUGUUGUUAUGGUUCAAGUGACAACUGGGUGGCAGAUAUCAACUGCAUCGAUUGGAAGUAGUUGAGUAUCUACAAUCCAGCGAGACUGAUUAGCAAAUAAAGACAUGUGUUUCUUUAACAAUGGGCAAAGCAGCCCAGGUCCUUUCACCCCAGAUAUCUGGAAGAGACUCAGACAGUGCUGCUCCACAGGCUGCGUGUGAUGGGAGUCAUGCUGCUCUCAGUUUACGGGGCAUGUAAAGAUAUAGGGAGCUAGGAGUGGAGCUCUGUGAUUACAGCUCGCAUACCGCCCAUCAGCCAGCAUGGGGAGAGAGCUCCAGCUAACACGGUAGAAUAGGUCGUGCUGCAUAUAGUGACUGAGAGCAUAGCAGGGACAAGGUAAAUCAGUGCCAUGGAUGAAGUAUGUAGAAUAUUAUAUGGAUGGAUGGAUGGGGGCAGGCGGUCUCCUGAGCUCUGGAUGCAGAGUGCACCAACCUAGUGCUGGGGGUUCUCUCUCCAUUCACUCUCCUGGGGAUUCGUUUUGACUGUUUUAUGGACAUCUUCCGCCAAUGAGAUGGUUUUCAGGGGCUCAUACAAUGUGAAUACUCCCCUCCUCUCAGCUCCCGGUUAGUACCGUGAGAGCUACAUCAGACAUCUCACUAUCACAGCAAGCAUGCAGGACUGACACACUCUCUAAUACAGGACCUGCACUGCUACAAGGAGAAUAGAGAGAUACACUGCACAGCCACAAGGAGAAUAGAGACAGCCUGAACAACCACAAGGAGACUAGAGAGACACCCUGCACUGCCACAAGGAGAAUAGAGAGACACCAUGCACUGCCACUAGGAGAAUAGAGACAGCCUGAACAGCCACAAUGAGACUAGAGAGACACCCUGCACUGCCACUAGGAGAAUAGAGAGACACCCUGCACUGCCACUAGGAGAAUAGAGAGACACCCUGCACAGCCACCAGGAGAAUAGAGAGACACCCUGCACUGCCACUAGGAGAAUAGAGAGACACCCUGCACAGCCACCAGGAGAAUAGAGAGACACCCUGCACUGCCACUAGGAGAAUAGAGAGACACCCUGCACUGCCACUAGGAGAAUAGAGAGACACCCUGCACAGCCACCAUGAGAAUAGAGAGACACUCUGCACUGCCACUAGGAGAAUAGAGAGACACCCUGCACUGUCACAAGGAGAAUAGAGAGACACCCUGCACAGCCACUAGGAGAAUAGAGAGACACCCUGCACAGCCCUAAGAAAAAGAGACGCCCAGAAGAACCGCAGGGCAAGAGAGAGGCUUCUUGUGCAGUCCUAGAAAAACUCAUUGACACGUUAUCCGGUAUAUCUGCAACUUCUAUUCCAGAACUUUAAGAAUUAAGCGUUUAUUUAUUAAACUUCGAAUAGAUAUGAACUGGGAAUCGAAUCGAAAAGGUUGGGUAAAAAGAGCUGACCUGUGAUUAUAGCUUAUCUGUAGAUUUAUUUAUUUUUUCAAAUGAGCACCGAAUACAUGUAUUUUUUUCAAAUCGGUUUCCAAUUCCCUAGAAUUUAUUUUUAGUGAAUGACAGUCAUUCUAUUUUUCUAUUACUAUUAGUUAAAAAUCUAUUUCUAAGUGCGUGCUUGUUGCAGUUGGCUAUUCUAGAUCAGUAACUGUCUGGGUUUUUAUAAAAUCUUCUCGCAAAUAUACAUUUUGAAUAACAAUAGAAUGGCUGAAGAGAAAGGUGUCUAUAUAGUAACUGUAUGCCGAAGUUCUUGGAGCAGUCACCAUGGAAACCAAGGCAAUACACCUGCCAAUUGCUCCACUUUAGCACUUAGCCUUGUUUUAAAACGCAUCACCUUCAAAUCUUCUCUACCAACUUGUCUGUUGCAACUACUUUUUUACUCCACAUAUUGUACAGGGCCGCUUGAUAAAUAAGGAGCACAUGACAGAGGUUAAGGCAAAAUAAGUUAUCUGGGUAAACAAAUCUUAAGUCCUGCAGUGUUGGAGACUUUUUUCCCAGCUCCCAUACGUUGAUCUAAAUUUUGCAUGUCGGUACUUAAAUUACAGCACAUCGCCGUUUAGUGAAUAGGUAUCUUGGAGUGUAUUUCCUUUGGUCUUCGGGGCUGUUUGUUGUUCUAGUCGCAGUGCGGUAUGUAUCAUCCGUUCUAAAGCUGUAGAUGUGUGAUGGAGUGUGUCUUGUCAUUAAUCCGAGGCAGCGAGUUUGCUCUGAAUGAUUAGCCUCCUGCACUGACAAGUUAGAGAGGAGGAGGAAUCGCCUGCAGAUACAUUAGCUGCUAAUAACUCUUGUUUUCAUAUACUAAACCUUUAUCAGAACAUAACCGUGUCACACAAGGUAAUCUCACUUCCCUCCUAUCACCCUCAGCCAUGGCAGCUGUCGAUCUAAUCUGCUCCUAUGACAGAUUAUAUGCUAAUUAUUAAAUAUAAACAAUCUAUAAUGGUUAUUAUUCCUAAUGCAAGCUGUGCAGUCACUGAAUUCGGAUUUCUAUAACAAUGUAGCAAAUGACAGCAUAGAAUACUGAACGCCAUGCUUAGGACUGCUAUUUACUUUAGUUUGUAUGGAAGACAUGGUUACUAUUAUUGGAGUACACCGUUUAAUGUGCCAUCAUUAAAGCAGUGUUUUAGUGUGGGAUACUUGCAAUGCGUGAAUAGGGUAAGCUUGUUUGAGCAGGGUCCUCAAUAACCUAUUUUAUAAUUGUCUUAAUUGUUGUUAAAUUCCCUCCAUUAUAACAUUGUAAGGCGCUGCGGAAUAAGUUGGCGAUAUAUAUAUAUAUAAAUAAUAAUAAUAAACUGGGGAUUGGCAAUAUUGGAUAAGGAGAUGGGUCCUACACUGGUUUUAGGGACAAUUAGUAACGGCAGAAAAAGAGAAAGUCACCAAUCGAUCAGGAGAAUACUCUGGAUUCUGUCAGAGUAUUGAUCCACAGUGUGGCGUAGGAGUCGUCCUAUACGCAUUAGUAGUAGUAACCUUUUCACUGCCGGAAUGCUGUAGAGAAGUCUGAUUACAUGAUGUCACACACAUUGUGUGUUAAAUAUAUAAUAUUAACCCCCUAGCCUGUCAGCACAAUACACUCCAGAGAUUCCUUUUCUGAUGAUGCCAUUUAAUGGCUGUAGUAACGUUGUACACACACAGUGGCAGAAUAUCAACGUGAUAAAUGAGCAUUUCUCCAGCAAUGCAUUGCCAUGGGUUCUUUUGUUGGUGUAAAUAUUUAGCAAGCUGCACUUUAUCAUUCCCCAUCCAACACACACUCAUUAUGGAUGUGUACUAACUGGGAUUGUAAACAUGUCUGUCCAGGAUAGCUGCUAAACGGAGGUUGAUUUGACUAUACUGAACAGUUUCAAUGUGCGUUUCAUUAUCAAUAGAAUGUGUGUGUUAAAUCGAGAGAACUCUGUAAAAUAGAAGUUAAUAAUCAUUUGCAGAUAUCUUUGUGUAGAUUGUUUCAUGUAGAUUUCCCCCCUCAAAUAAAAUCCCAUGAAACACACAUUAUAAGGGGGGCCAUAUAAAAUACAGUCUCUGUGUGCACCUGUAAAGCAAGGUGUUGUGAAGCUGUCUGUGUGAUCAAACUCUGCUGGACUGGGCACCUGGAUCCCAUUAGCAAGAACAGGCUCCUGACCUAUGCUUUUCCUACACUUUCAGCAAGAUGUCCUCUAAGGAUCCAGUCAUUUGAGUCCAGGUGUUAAGAGUACUAGGCCAGCAACAGAGUUUCCACUGCAGAUCCUUGGAAACUGCACUCCCUCCAAAUAACACACAAAGAGACCUCUAUCGUUUGCAUUUACAGCUCUGUAGCAAGACAAACAGCAAAAACAAGUCCCAGAUUGCUUACAUGACUGAUAUGUUCAGGUACCUACAAUGGCACACAUGGUCUGAGAUGACUUACCUCUAUCUAUCACAUUUGCAUCAUUGUAAAUAUAUAUACUAUUGGAAGAAGUUUAGAUUUUUUUAGUAUGAUGAAAGUGUUAAAAUUGUUUAUUCAUUUGUGCAGAAUUGGAUUAAAGAUUGCAGUGAAUUUUAACUACAAUUAAUUAAAUCUUAAUAACCAUUGUUAAAAUGUCAGUUUGCAGAACCAUCAUCUGAAAUGUAGUUUUAAGGCUUGUUGUACAAGCCAUCUGAAAUGCUCAUUGCUGAGGGACAUCUCUAUAUAAUAAUAAUUAAAAAUAACACAACAACUCAUAUCUUGUAUAACCUUCUAAACAUGUACAUCCUAUGUGUCUGCAUGUCCAUAAUCCAUGAAUGCUGUGCAUAAAAAAUACAAAUCAUUUGGGGUAUAUUCACUAAGCACAUUUUAGUUAAUUGAAAAUUGAAUAGCAAAAGUUAGGCCACAUUAGCAAGAGUUGGAAAAAUUCAUCAACUAAGCUGCAGUCAGAGCUAGGAUAUUUUACCCUUUUUUUCUGCAAUUCUGUUUUCAGUUCCUUCCGGGUUGAGGUUUACUAAGUAACUCCAUUAACCCUGUUUAAUUCUACAAAGAAGUCUAUAAGGUCUACACACUGCAAACAAUAUUUCCACCCGCCGAGAAAUUGAAUAUAAGAUUUAUUUUUUACACAAACUUGGUAACGUGAAGAAACACUUUUUAAGUACCAGAGUUUGGCAAUAGGAUCACUUUAUAUUAGCCCUGAAAAAGUCAAUUUUUCAUCAGACAAGAAGGACACUUUCCACAGCCACUUACUAAAUUGCACCAACAAAGGAAAAGGGGGACCACUGAAUUAGGGGUUCUCUGAUCUCACACUAUAUCAUGGGUGGCACUGAAAGAUUUCUACUACCUUUCAGCUGUUUUAGAGUAUUAGUUCAUGACCAUUCUAAAAAUCAGCAUUUACAUAUUUUUCUUUUAAAUUUUUUUUUUUUACGCAAACUCAACUAAAAUAUCUAAAACAAGUUACCUUUUUUUACCUGUCUUGGCCUCUGGGGUAGAAAUGAAUGUCAAAUAAGAAAUAAAAAAAUAAUGGAAGAUCCCAGCUCAAAUUAUGGUCUUAUUGACCUCUUAAUAACCCGGGUGCCUUGGCAAGAAGGCUCAACCAACAUUUACUAACUUUACGGCUUGUAGGUAUAGACUUUCUACACUUUACCAUUUUCUGAGCUGCUUUGAGAUCCUGUGGCUAAUUAUAGACAGAAGAGACAGGAAAGCGAUAUGAAUGGGGCUAUUCUGAAGGAGCGAGGCCACGGGUAUAGAGGAGCCUUUUGUCAUAAGCUUCUAGACUGCACUGUGCCUCUAUACUCUAGCCAAGCUUAAACCUCUGGGCUUACAGAUCUUCGGCACAAGCAUAAUCUAAAAAAGGGCUUUUAUGUGAAUAAGGCCUUAUACUGAAUAAGUGCAAAAAAGAAACAUUCAAUCAAAUAAUAUAUUCUACUAACUAUUUGGCUACAUAGCUGGUUAACCAUUUCAGUAGAGUUUUAACCGUUUCAGGGAGAGGGAUUCUAGAAAAACUAUAGGGAUCUUAAUCAUGGGAGUAAAAAUAAUAUAAGAAAAUAAACAGUGUAAUGGAAUUGGAUUGAUUUUCUUUUCUUAUCUGUAAGGUUACGAGGAAGACAAACACAAACUUGGUGAAAUGAUUGCACGCAUUAGCAUUUUGUAGAAAUGCAAUUUAAUAAGAAAGAAGAUCUAUAUGAAAGAAGUAGAAAAUGGCAAGCUCCAAUUGCGUUUCCACGCUUAAUAAUAAUUACACAAAGAUCUUACCAUAUAUCUGUGAAAAACAGUAGCAAAAUAAAGUAAAAUAUACGAAUGAAGAACCCCAUACAAGGUAUAAAAUAAAGACAAAAAACAAACCCCAAUCAAACAUCAAGGUGUGUUGCAGUACCAGUAAUGUGUAUGAUUAAAUAGAGGGACAUUUAAUACAGAAUAUAUUGUACUACUAAAAUGAGAUUCAGCAAGCGGUGGAUUAUCCAAGGGGUUGCACCAGGCCCUUAUUUUUAUUCUUCAUACUCAGGCGUUGGGAUUGGUCUCCAUUAAAUGGAUGUCCGCUUCCACCAUCUCCUUCACAAGUUCCUGAAAUAAAAUUAAUUUUCUUUUAAUUUAUGUUUCAUAUUUACAAUUAAAGAAGAAGGGAUAGUAACUGUUGUGUGUCCAUAUAUGUAUAUAGUUACCCUGCCAUCAGAUUGCAAUACUCAGCAAACACAAACAUGGAAGAAGUUGUAAAGAAGUGUCAGUUUGGGUAGAAGAUGUGCACACGUGACUUAAACAGAACACUGUCCAUAAAUGUCCAUGUGGGAAAAUAUGGUUGGUAUUAAAAUAUAUAGUUACCUCUUUGUGGCCAUACCAUAAUACAUGUAUUGUAUAUGAAUGCAAGUUUCAAGCUCUAAAAAUCCUUUCUUUUCAGGACUAUAGCUCUUCUGGUAGAACAUGGUCCAAUACAAAGAAGAGCCUCUAGCACUGGUCCAGCCUAACAAUAAUUUUAUAAGUCAUGGUGUAAUAGGUUCAAAUUGACUGUAUUGUGUUAUGAAGGGGAGGGGGUAGCUAAAAUAUAUGAACUACAGUUUUUUAAUGUGUAUGUGUGUUUGUAUAUAUAUAUAUAUAUAUAUAUAUAUAUAAAGAAUCAGUGAAGCAAGGCACUCCUCCUCCAUCUAUAUAUUCAAUAUAAAUGCCCAGGUGCAAACCCGCGUUAUAUAUACCCAACAAUAGUAGUCCAGGGAGCACACUGGGUCUUCAAAUUAGUGAAAAAAAUUCCUUUUAAUGUAUCAUAAAAAAUACAUCUGCUGUGAGAUACCGACCAACGUUUCGACCCUCCUGGGGUCUUUAUCAAGAUCGAUAAAGACCCCAGGAGGGUCGAAACGUUGGUCGGUAUCUCACAGCAGAUGUAUUUUUUAUGAUACAUUAAAAGGAAUUUUUUUCACUAAUUUGAAGACCCAGUGUGCUCCCUGGACUACUAUUGUUGGGUAUAUAUAUAUAUAUAUAUAUAUAUAUAUAUAUUUAUCAUACAAAAUCCAGCGCACUCACUCAUUCACUAUACAGCAAUUUCAAGUCUCACAGAAUGUAAAAAUACUUUUUUUUUUUUUAUUAAAAACACCUCACCUAGGCAAAAAUAAUGGGGGGUUAGUUACAGUAUAUGGUCAGCCUGCCACAAUGUCAAAGUACUCUCAUUCUUGGCAGGUCCUACUCUAGCAACCUAAUGCCUGCUCAUAGGUGUGUAUAUAUAUAUAUAUAUAUAUAUAUAUAUAUAUAUAAAAAUUCUAAAGUGUGAAUUGUGAGACUUUUUUACAUUGCUAUGUUUUACAGUUUUAGACAUUUGUUUCUGUAUAUUAAAGAAAAAAUGUCUAUAAGACUUAGAAUGUUUCUGUUUCACAAUGCCUUACAUUACAUUUCCAUAUGCACAGGAAGCUACAGGGCAUGAGAUUAGUUUCAUUUCACAUAAUCAACUGUUCCAAUUUUGCUUCAGUUAUGAAAAACUGCACCUACAUCAAAUGAUACUCUGCAUUGCCAUCCUAACUUCUGCUUGGCUUUGCUGCAGUCACCUUGGAGGAAUUCCUAAUGAAAGAAACAAAAUAGCACAAUGUAAAGCUGCAAUAUGUGAUACAGAAUUUUGAAAUCUCAAUAAGGAAAUACAUAAACACAAACCCUCACAUGCAAUCCAAGUAGUAGUUCUCAAUAAUUAAUGGUUUAUUACGUUUUUAACGUAUCCAUUAUCAGUGUUAAAGCGUCAAGAUCAAGUCAACUGGAUACAUAUUAUAAUGGAAGUACCCCACUAUCUUAUACAUAAACUUAUCAUUAAUCAGAGGUGGUACUAGCACUUUAAGCUGUUGAUGAGGACAAUUUGAAUUUAGUCAUUUAGAGCGACACUAUAGACACCCAGACUGCUUCAGCUUAUUGAAGUUAUUAAGAAACUGCAGUGAUUGAGCAACUGCAAUAACUAAUUUGCAGGGUUAACUCCACCUCUACUGGCUGUCCACCAGAUAGUCACUAGAGGCAUUUCCAGGUCCUCAGCAGACUUCAGGUCACUUGACUUUAUCAAAAGGUGUAAUAGACAUAUUCAAAUCGGAAUAUAUAUUUGUAUUUUUCCUGUGUUUGUUUACAAUUUCAGUUAUAACUUCUUGGACUUCCAUAAUACAGGUGCUCAUUAUUUAAAUGGUUAAAAAGUAAUACUUUUGUCCUAAGGGAAAAGUCUGUUGGCAUAUCCAGAAGGCAAGAUUUAAGAUUUAAGUAAAUAAAUGGGUAACAUAACAUACAUAUAGCUAUUUAUUUAACUAGGUUAGUUAUUUAAAAGAAGAAUGGAGUAUGGUAUUGAGACAGACCAUUUUACAAUCAUAUGUGUAACAGUAUAAAUAUGCGCUCCUGUGAGUUGUAUUUUUGUGUAGCUUAUUGAAACGCACAACUACAAUUAACAUUACUUUGAAAAGAAUAACAUCAUGGUAGGAUAGAGAGAUCUCAGUCUAAAAAAGAGGGACUCUGCCUCCAAAGAGGAAUACUUCAGAAGCAUUGCUAAAUGAAAACCACCAUAGCUCAUUUCUGGAAAUCAACACCUAAUGUACACAGGAGAUGCCAUAGUGUAAAGCUAUAUAGAACGAGUUUCUGAAAAGGUUAACUAGAAUCUGUUAUGUUAAAUUACAUCUAAGGACAAUCACAGCAGAUUCCUAAUGGUAUACCAGUGAUAUGUGUAGUAAUGGCUCCCAGCGGUGUCAUCACAAGGAAUAACAAUGCGGAAUCUGGAAUUAAUUUAGUUGUCUGAAUCAAGCUACAAGUAGUCAGGUUUAGGGCUAGUUCAGCCCUGAAUAUCACAAGGCCUCAAAGUGUUACAGUGCACACUCAAAAAAAAAUAAACAACGAAAAAAAAUAAAUUUAAGAGUGAGACGAGUAUAGUUCCAGCACAAACUAAACAAAAAAUAAAAAAAUAAAAUAUGUACUGUAAAAAAACACAAAACAAAAAAAAAACAUGAAUAUUAGUGGUAGAACUGAUAUAAAACUUGAGUUCAGUUGCCAAGCUUUUUUUUUUUUUUUUUUAAACAAAAUGAUUAAGUAGAGAGUUUAUUCACCAGGCUAAUCCGUGUUUCCAGAAUGAAAAGCACCCUGAGGGGCUCUUAAUAACUCCAAUUUGUCCUAAACAAUGAAAUCAAGCAAGGCCUUGAAGCAACAAAAAGUCUCUGCAAGGCAUCACCACUGAGACAAUGUACAUAUUAGGGUGAAAGGUAAUGUAAGGGCUAGGCUCCUGCAUCUGAUUACUCCACAACCUCUAGCAUCUCUAACCACAAAGCCGUGUGUGCCAUAGCUUCGAACCUAAACACACACAUACCACUCCGUCUAUUUUAAAUUACUUUGGUUACAGUUCAUGGUCUCCAUUUAUCUGAACAACAGACAGAUAAAUCUGUGCAGAUUUCAAUUUCUCCUGUGACCAAACCACACUCUGUAAAAACAGCAGAGGCGCACCAGAAAUUUAACUGUGCAGCGGUCAUGUUACUGCACGGAAUGGUUCAAAUUAUUGUCUUGUUUUGUUUAAAACAGAAGUAAAUCACAAAGCAAACACAACAACAAAUGAUAUAUUUCACUCUAAAUGAAAACACAUGCACAGGGGUAAGAUGCCCGAAAUGGUUAAAGAAAGAUUUUCAUAAUGGAAAAAAGGCUGAAUUGUUUUUCGAACAUGAUUGUGAAUAACUAACCUGUUAACUGCUGAAUUGGCAAGUAGGGCUCAAUUUAUAAUGUGCAACACUGAGCAAUGCUCUACAUCUUAAUUUAGAAGCAACACCCACUGAGACCAUUUUGUUAGAUUCCAUAAAUACAUUUCCUGAUCAAGACACAAACCACACAAAUAGGUUUAAACGCAAACCAUAAACUCUGCGCACUUCUUACUACUGACCGUAAUGUAUUUUCAGCACCCAUAACAUUUAAACCUCUGAUCAUUUUAGAACUGGUAAGCACCCAAUUAAUACCAACUGGCAUCUGUAUGUAAUUUCAGCGGCAUAGCUUGUUCUAAAUUACAUUAAAGGACUACCAAAAUAAAAAGCACCUAAAUUGCACCUGUCGUGACUAACAUGACUUGGCGUUACUUUAAAGAGCUUUUAAUUUCAUCUAUACAUUACACUAGCCAAGUUGACAGCAAAUGUAUAGAUAUCACAAUAAAUAGAUUAAAUAAAUUAAAUAAAUUAAAAAAAAAACAAAUAAAAAAAAAACACACACACAUAUAUAUUUUUAUUAAAAAAUAUAUUUUAUAUGGAAUAAAUAAAAGCUACAUUUUACUACUUCAACCAAGUCCCAGGAGUGCGAUUGUUUCUACACCCAUAUAUAUAUGUGUGUGUUUAAUUUGCAGGGCUAAUAUAUAUAUAGGAUCCCGGUGACUGCAACAGGGGGAGGGGUUACUAUUUAGAAAGACACUAAGGGAACACUACAGUGUUAGCAAUACAAAACGGUCUUUCUCCGACCCCCGCCCCAGUCAUGAAAUUAUUUAAAAACCUUUCUCUCAAUUGUAGGGUUAGACACACUGCACCCAGAGCACUUAAAUGAGAGUAAGUGGCUGGGUGCCUAUAAAGUACCCUAAGAAAAAAAACACAAUCUUAAUGCAGUGAAUUUCAAACAUAAUGAAAAAUAUUGCCAUUUUAGAGAAACAGCAACAUUUAUGUUUCUAUGAAACCACGCCUCUAUCAGACAGACAGCUACAGGAGACUCUUCCUCAAUCAAAGGUCUUCAUGUUCAACAAUAUUCCGCACAACAUGAUGGUGCUGAAAGGUACUUUAUGCACUGGCAUAAAAGUGAGUUUUAUAACAAUUUUAGGUAUAUCCCCUUUGAAUUUUCACCUCGCUUCUCCUUCAACCAAUAUGGAGAGGGAUACUCAACACGUAAGAUACCUCAGAAUGCAAUCUAUUGGAUGCUUACUGCACGGGUUAUUCGGUCAAAGACCAUAUAUCCUUAUACCUACGGGCAGGUGAUUCUGAAUCCCAUUUUGUGUGGGCAAGUCCCAUUCUUCUCCAGUGACUAUUGAAACCCACUCCUUAAUGGAGAAGCUGCAGGACAAAUCCUAGAUUCAACCGGCAGACCAUUCUUUGACCCGAGGUUAAUUCAUCACCCCCAUUCCACCAAAUGGGUUCCACCUAGCCAUAUUGCAGAGUUCUUACAAUACUGGCUUAAUUGCCAGCUGGACAAGGAGGAGAAAUUGAGGGUUGAAUGCCCACGUCCUAUGGUCCUUCACAAGGUCGCCUGCACGCUGUAAUUCAACCCCAUGUUGGUGACCUUCAUGAACAGAGCUGGAUGGGACACUUGUAAGGGAUUAGAACAAGGCUUGGAGUCUGUGCAGAUAAACGUUAUCAAACAUCUCUGGGCCGAUAAAGCAGAUUUCUAUAUAGAAAUCAGAAUUAACAAAGGUUGAUAAUUCUUGUGUGUAAAGGCAUGCAGUGGACUUAUUUAUUAUUAAGAGAACAGUUUGGGAAUUACUACUUUGUCUAUUCCUGACAGUGAGGCUAAUGAGGGAAACUAACAAAUAUCAUACACUUCCAUUUGGCAGAAGCCAUAAGCUGCUGAAGCAGAGUUCUCGCUUUCAAUAUGGAUUAUUGUAAACCCAUCCCUUGGUGCUAUGCGGCAAUUAUGGUGCCUUAAUAGAGAGGCCAAUAGCAUGCCUUCCACUCAUGGGCAGCUGGUUCUGCUGUCAAAUGGCAGAUCAAUGCGAGGUCCCUCAAAUUCCUUCUUAAAGGAGAUUACACAUGUGAAAAUCCUAGUUGCUUUGCAGUACCGAAGCCUAAUACAGAAAUACAGAUUUUUUAUUAUUAUUAUUUUUUGCAAACACAUAGGCAAUAACUGGAGUGUUUAAAUAUACUAUUUAAAAAUGUUUUUAGCUUAUCCCAUCCAAGAAAGAAAAAUCUUAGUGGUCCCUAAUUACUACACAUAAAUUUUUCCCCCACAUAAAAACUAGUGGGGUGCUGCACCAUGUGACCCAAGAAUGAUCCUCCACUGGUGACUCUGAUGAGGAUUACAAAUACAUGAUAUAUAACUAUACAGAACCUUAUUCAACUACUGCCAAGAUAUGAUUGCAACCUCCAUAAAAUUAACUUGGGCUCUUCAUACAUCAUCCUGAUUGUAUCACACUAUAAAUUGUUACAUUAACAAAAAAAGAUACCUUACAAGGAAAAACAUAAUCAGAAUGUUUUAGUUUAUGUAAUUGCUGCCAGUAAAUAUGUAGAAUUAAAUGUACAGAAUUCUAGUUUAUUUUUCGUGCUCUGCCUAGGUAAGCAGCUUAAAAAUUAGGUAAAAACUUUUUGUUAGUAAAUAAAAUAUAUUGUGUUAGACACUGUACAGACACUGUUAACCAGUUACUAAGUGUCAUCCUUAAGCACCAAAAUGUAACUUUGUCUCAAGUUCCAAUGCGAUUUAUAUCCCCUCUGGGCACGAGGUGUUGUCACAGGAAUGUCUGCCACAACUCCAUUGUGAUCCUCUGCAUCAAAACUCUUCCCCAAAGCAUCAACCAUGGUAGGUCAAACGUCAUGACUGCAUUAUAACAGCAAAAGAGGGUUCCUAGGGCACGGGGUAGACUUUCGGGGUAAGAGCAGUAUGCGCAUGCCAAUUGUAUGUGGGCAUUAGACAUAAUUUUUACAUUCUGGCAUUUUAAACAAGCUUGAAAGGACACUAUAAUCAUCAGAAAAACUGCAGCUUAAUGUAUGUGGUCUAUAGCCUCUCCCUGCAGACUUUUUAGUGUAAGCACUGCCUUUUUUCAGAGAAAACUGACAUUACUGACUAGGAACACCUAUAGUGGCAGUCAUUCGUACGGCCAUUAGAGGUGCUUCCUGGGUCAGUGUUGUCACAUAGAAAUGCGUUGAUUCAUUGAUGUAUUGAUAGGGGGCCAGGACCUAAAUUUUUCUAUUUAAACCAUAGUGCCAGGAAUACAUGUUUAUAUUCCUGACAUUAUAGUGUUCCUUUAAGUAAUAGAAAUGCAGUCAUGUUCUUUACCAAUGCCCCUAAUCAAUGUAUUUAACAUUUUUUAUUAACCAGUUUUGUCACAACUACUGAUUGACAAAAAUGGUAUUUCUGCUCUUAAGCUAAUUUUUAGAAUCUGGAUAAAACAAAGGACAAGAUAAAAUACACAAUAUUAUUUAAAAAAUGUAACCCUUUAAAUAUGUUUGUAAAGAAUGGUAAAAAAAAGGAACAUGAAUAUAAAUUAACAGAAUUGUAUAUAUAUAUAUGUUUGUGUGGCGAAAGUAACCUCGCCACUUGUACUUGGAGGGGCCUGCUUGCCAGCCUCCUGCCCACAGACUAUGGGCCCUGCAGGGAAACCUGUAAAAGACUACCAAACUUGACCGACUGUUAGCACUGAUUUCCCUGGAAAUGUUUUGGGCAUAGGACGGUUGGUCAAAACUAUGACUUCCAGGAAAUUCCUGAACCCCUGAACCGAUCUGGGUGAUUUUUGGAUAUGUUGUUCACCCAGAUCAGGGCUAUCAGGGGAUGUAAUGGGGUUUUAUAUGUUCUUAAGGUUUCAUAAAAUCGUAUGUUUGUCUGUGCUUGGAGAUAAUUGGGUUAGAUUAGUACUGUUCCUGAUUCAAUUAUCUCCCAAGCACGGAUGAGGGAUUCUAUUGUUUGUGUAUGGGACUGUCUCACUGUAUGACUCUGUUUUUAUUGGUUUAUUCACUUUGUGUCCCUGUGCCCAACAAGGUCCACCUAGGUGUCACCAUUGUUGGGAAACUUGCAUAAGAGGCCAGUGUGCCUCCAUUAAAACUUCUGUUCCUGCUUACCCUCAACAUAGAAUCUCAUCUCAUGCAGUGGUGUAUCCUGGUUUUGUGCUGCCCUAGGCAGGACAAAACUCAGGCACCCCCCCGCGCCACCCCCACCCGCGCAACCGCCACCCAACCUUCCCCCCUGCUCCGCCUUCUAAAUACACACACACACAUUCACUGACAGAUACGCAUUCACUAGCUAACAGAAACACACACUCACUAACAGACACACACUCACUCACUCACUAACAGACACACACACUCACUAACAGACACACACACUCACAGGCAAACACACACACACUAACAGGCAAACACACACACUAACAGACAUCCACACUAACAGACAUCCACACUAACAGACUAACACUAACAUACAUACACUAACAUUAACAUACACACUAACACUAACAGACACACACACUAACACUAACAUACACACACACACUAACACACAAACACUAACAGACACACACUAACAGACACACACUAACAGACAUCCACACACACACACACUAACAUACACACACUAACAUACAUACACACACUAACAUACACACUAACAGACAUCCACACACACACACUAACAUACACACACUAACAUACAUACACACACUAACAUACACACUAACAGACAUCCACACACACACUAGCAGACAUACACACACUCACUAGUGUUUUUUUUUAAUUUUUUUAUUUAACCCCCCCCAGCCUCCUUACCUUUGGUAAUGCUGGGGGGGAGGUUCUUCCUCUGCCUGGGGUCCAGUGGCUGCAGGGCGGGCGGGCGGGCGGCCGGCGAGGGAGCUCUUCCCCUGAGCGCUCUGCUCAGCUCCCUCGCGCGCCGCCAGCAGAGUGAGGCUGGGAGCCGGAAUAUGACGUCAUCAACCCGGCUCCCAGCCUCACUCACUCUGCUGGCGGCGCGCGAGGGAGCUGAGCAGAGCACUCAGGGGAAGAGCUCCGUCGCCGGCCGCCCGCCCAGCGCUGCAGCCACUGCCGCCCAGAAUGUCUGUUAGCCGCGAGGCUAACAAGACAUUUGCCUUGGGCAUUUGGGGGGCGGCGUUUUUUGCCGUCCCCUGAAAAAUGCCGCCCAAGGCAAAUGCCUUGUUUGCCUCGCGGCUAAUACGCCCCUGAUCUCAUGUGUGGGGCAAACGGCUGUAUCUAUCCUGCUGCUGAUCCAAAAAGAAGGCAAAAAACCCGGUCUGAAGCGCUUCCAAUUUUGCAACAAACUAGGAAAAAAAUUCCUUCUUGACCCCAAAAUAGCAGUCAGAUAUCUCCUUGGAUCAAGCAGCUAUUACCCCACUAAUUAGAAAUGAUAUCCCUGUAUGUAUCACUAUACUCUCCAGGAAUUAUAAUCACUAGCUCUUAUAAGAGCUGUUCCUGCUACGCAGGGCCAGAUUAAGGGCCCAGUGGGCCUGGUGCUGACAAUUAUGACGGGCCUAAUUACAGAAUCAUAUCGACCAAAAACAGUAAAACACUCCAAAGCAUCAUGUAUCUGAUGUUGCUGGAGAGAAAGAAAACAGCAGCUAUAAGAAAACACAUACCCUAGGCUAAUCUCUCUCUAAUUUAUGUUUUCAUCUUUCAAGUAAAUCCAUAACCCCUAACAGCAACGUCCAGUCAAUUGGCAUGGUAAAAGGGUGUGCCACUGACACAAAUCACGUAACCUGCCAAAAGGGGCGAACAUGCCCAAAAAGAGGACAUGUCUGCUCAAAGAAUUAGAAGGCCAGCCUGGUAUGAAUGCAUGUCAGGCUGCCUGCCAAUCAUGCAGCUGGCCAACUAAGGGCAUACUAUGCAGACAGCACCCUGAGCUUGGCAUAAAUGCAUCUAAUGAUGCACUCACUCAACGCUUUCUAAGGGCUGGUCCACUUGUCUCCUUUCCUUCUUACUAGCAGGCAGAAGCUCCUGGUAUUUGGUCUGGGACAGAGAAAAGCUGUAUGUAGUGAGUGUAGAAGAAAGGGAACAUGCCACAGUGUUAGAGAGACCAAAGUCAGCAUUACCUUAAAGGAUCACUAUAGGGUCAGGAACACAAACAUGAAUUCAUGACCCUAUAGUGUUAACACCACCAUCUAGCCCCCCUGGGCCCCUCAUGCCUCCAUAAAUAUAGCAAAAUCUUACUAUAUUCAAGCCUGAAGCUGUAACUCUGCAUGCUGUUAGAUUCAUAAAAACAAGCAGUCUGCUGACAUCAUUAGAAGUGGUGGCCUGAUCCAAUCACAGUGCUUCCCCAUAGGAUUGUCUGAGACUGUCAAAGAGGCAGAUCAGGGUCAGAGCCAGCAUGAUUCAAACUCAGCCCUGGCCAAUCAGCAUCUCCUUAUAUAGAUGAAUUUAAUUAAUUAAUCUCUAUGAGGAAAGUUCAGUGUCUGCAUGCAGAGGGAGGAGACACUGAAUGUUUGGAUGCAUUUUAGGCAACCAUGACCCAGGAAGGAUCUCUAACAGUCAUCUAAGGAGUGGUCAGUGAAGUUAUCACUAGGAUGUAAUGUAAACACUGCAUUUUCUCUGAAAAGCAGUUUUUACAGCAAAAUGCCUGACGGUAAUGAUUCUACUCACCAGAACAAAUUUAAUAAGCUGCAGUUGUUCUGGUGACUAUAGUGUCCCUUUAACUAUAUUCAUUGUCAGCCAGUCCAAGUUUUGUUCCCAUACAUCCCUCUUAAGUUUCCAUACUUAAGUAAGAGUAUGUGAAAAGUAGUUAGGGUUGCCACCUUUCUUGGAAAAACAUACCGGCCUUACUAAUUUGCAUAAUUAAAUAUGUAUGGGUGACAUCACAUGAUGUAAAUCAGAAGGACUGACAUAAGAGAAAAUUCUGUAAAAUCACCAAAAAACUACUUAGUUUGAUUCUGCUGUAUAGAUGGAUUCCUCCCAGUGCCCCCAUGUCUCCCAGUGCCCUCAUGACUCAGUGCCCCCAUGUGUCGAUUACUCCAGGUCUUAGUGUUCCUAUGUAUCAGUGUCUCAGUGCCCCAUGUCUCCCAGUGUCCCUUAGUGUCUCAGUGUCUGCCAUAAUGUCUCCCAGUGUCCCUUAGUGUCUCAGUGUCCCCAUGUCUCCUUGCACCUUUCCCCCAUCCCUUACUUCCCUGAGCUGUAGGCUGUCUCUGCAGGGUGGAAGUUGCUGUCUGGACUCUCUGUAGCUGCACCCCUGCAGAUCAGUGAGUAUAGAUAGGCAGGGAGGGAUAUGCUGGAACUUCCUAUCCCUGCCUGUCUCCACACACAGUGACCUCUACUGGCCAGUGCUGGUAUUGCAGAGUAAUCUCUUGUUUAUACUGAGAAAAAUACCAGCAUUUGUAUUGCCAGUAUCACUGCAAUAUUGGCACCAGCCAGGCAGCCUCAAAUACUGGCUGUGCCAAUAAAAUAAAAGCCAGGUGGAAUCCCUAAGAGUAGUGUGUGAAAAAAAAAAAUGUAAAAAAAAAUUUUUUUUUUUUUUUUUUUAAAUCGAUGGGCCUAUUCCAUGGGCCUGGGCCUGGAGCUGCAGCUCCAUCAGCCCCUAUGUUAAUCCGGCCCUGCUGCUACGCUCUCUGGGGAGAGGUCUGCCCACUGGAAGCUGGAUCCUGGUCUUGGGCCCAGAGUGUGUGAAGGAUGGUGAAACUCCGGUGCAGCUGCAUCACUGGAAGUGGGAUCUGCAGUGCUUAUGGUGUCUGGUGAAGUGCUGGAAUUCCUUGGUGAGCACUACGAGCAUCGAUUGGCGGAGGCACUCGGUCAGAGUGCCAGGCGGUCCGUCACAGUUUGUAUUCCUGGACAGCAGUCUAUCAACAAAAGUGCUGCUUUAUCAUAGAUUUAUGUGCUAACCCUCCAUCCUAUGUUUCAAAUAAACUUCAUGCUAUUUUUAUAUAAGAAAUAUUGUAGUGAAUGUGUAAAAAAGCAUAGAUUUAAUACGUUUCACGUAAUUAGCAAUUUCAUGUAUCCCAAACAAAUCCAUUUGAUCUGAGGGAGUAAAAAAACAAAACCCCAAGGCAAAACAUGUAUAUUCUUUAUAAACACAUGCUCAAAAAAGUUGAAAACUUAUGGAAUAAAUGUAACAAAAUAAAAAUUUGCAUCACAUAAGAGAGUGUACACUGAAGAAAAUAUUUCCAGUCAUACACAGACGCAUAUUGUGUGAAUCAAACUACUUAAAAAAAAAAAAAAAAUGACAAAAAACCCCCCAAUUUUUAAAACCUUCGAGAAAAAUGUAAAGUAUUUUAAAGUAAAUACACCACUUCCUGAGCCCUACUUCAGGGUGUGAGAGCUGCAUUCAUUUGACUGUUUAGGUGAAAGAUAUGGUCUGAAAGUGUAUUUGGUCUAAUUCAAUUAUUGUAAUUGAGAUUUUGAAACCAUUAUAGCUGGAUAAAAAAAAAGAAAAAAAAGAAAAGGCCACCGUUAAAAGGUUCAGUAUGGAUAGUAAAUCUGAGUUGGGAAAGAAAGAAACACAGCAUUGUGUAUAACAAUCUCACUACUAAAAUUGCUUUUUUUUGCCUUUAAGACUUUCUAAUCCUCUUUUACCAUCUAAAGCUAUUACAGCAGCUAUUGCUAACAGUAACACUACAGAUGUCUGAGAACAACAUUUUCCAAAAUGCUAAGACAACCUGUAGGCUGAAACAGGAGUGUGGGUAGUUGGCUAACAUCUGCAGCGCCAAGAUUAGCAUUUAUUGCCUUAGCAAUUAUAAACCAGUCUGUUCAAGCUCUUCACCUUGAAUCAUUCAGUGUAAAAUGUAUUGACAGUAAAUGUAGGGAAAACCUGACAUAGUCCACAUUUUGUGAGUUGAUAGCAAACAAAAUCCACCCUUCCAUUUUACUCACAUUCUCUCCUCCUUUUCUUCUCUUUCUUUCCCCACCAAUUUUUAGAUCUAAAUAUCUGAGUCAUAUGAGAAUACAUUAGCCAUUGUACUUUGCCAUUCCUUUACACUAGUGAAAUAUCUUGCUUAUAUUUAAACGCAACUAGUUAGUUAGGAUUCAACAUUUUUUUCAAACCAUUGCACAGUGCCUUUAACCCUACAACGGUGGUAUAGCAAAUUAAAAUCCUAGAACACUGCACACAUUACAUCCCUGAAGAUACUAGCUCAUCCAACACUUCACAUUAGAUGAAUUAUGACGUUUUCAAAGCUACUCAUAAAGAGGAAAGCUGGGACGUCAUGGCUCCAUCACACAUUGCUAUAAAACUUAACCAAUUGAUGGUUGACAACUAAAAGUACUAGUAGACUGGUCCAUUUCUUUUUUAUAUUGUGGACACUGUGGACUUUGGGGCACAGUGGCUGGCAUCUCUUACAUAGUUACACAGCUGAAAAGAGACUUGCGUCCAUCAAGUUCAGCCUUCCUCACAUGUUUUUGCUGUUGAUCCAAAAAGAAGGCAAAAAACCCGGUCUGAAGCGCUUCCAAUUUUGCAACAAACUAGAAAAAAAUUCCUUCUUGACCCCAAAAUAGCAGUCAGAUGUCUCCUUGGAUCAAGCAGCUAUUACCCCACUAAUUAGAAAUUAUAUCCCUGUAUGUUAUGUUUGUGCAAGUGCUUAUCCAAUUGCUAUUUAAACAUCUGUAUGGACUCUGAUAAAACCUCCUCUUCAGGCAGAUAAUUCCAUAUCCUUAUUGCUAUUAGUGUGAAAAAAACUUUUCUUUGCCUUAGAUGAAAUCUCCUUUCUUCCAGCCUAAAUGCCUGACCACGUGUCCUAUAUAUAGCCCAGUUUAUGAAUAGAUUUCCAGAUAAUGGUUUGUACUGGCCCUGAAUAUAUUUGUAUAAUGUUAUGAUAUCCCCUCUGAGGCUCCGUUCUACCCAAACUAAAGAGAUUUAAAUUUUUUAACCUUUCUUCUUAACUAAAAUGCACCAUUCCUUUUAUCAAGUUUGUACCUUGUCUAUACACUUUUUCUUGUGCCAUGAUAUCCUUCUUUAGAACAGGUUCCCAAAAUUGCACAGCAUAUUCAUGGUGUGAUCUUAUCAGCAUUUUAUAAAGAGGCAAAAUUAUAUUUUCAUCCUGAGAAUUUAUGCUCCUAUUAAAACAUGACAAAACCUUACUGGCCUUUGCAACUGCAGAUUGACAUUGCAUAUUGCUGCCUAAUUUGUUGUCCAUAACAAUUCCCAAAUCCUUCUCGUGUGUGGUUAUCCCUGGUUCACUACCAUUUAGUUUGUAAGUUGCUUUUGCAUCCUUGACCCCGAAGUGCAUAACUUUGCAUUUCUCUACAUUAAAUUCCAUCUGCCAUUUUAGUGCCCAGCCCCCAAUCUAUCUAAAUCCCUCUGCAGCAAAGCAAUAUCCUGCUCACAUUUAAUAACUUUACAAAGUUUUGUGUCAUCUGCAAACAAUGAAACAUGGCUUUCAAUGCCUAUUUCAAGAUAAUUUAUAAAUGUGUUAAAUAGAAGCGGUCCCAAAAUAAAACCCUGAAGGAGACCACUUACCACUUUUGUCCAGCCUGAAAAUUUACCAUUAAUGACAACUCGUUGUACUCUAUCCUUAGGCCAAUGUUCUACCCAAGAACAAGAAUAUUCAUCUAGACCAAUUUCUUUUAGUUUGAAGACUAAAAUAUUGUUAGGAACCGUAUCAAAUGCCUUGGCAAAAUCCAAGUAGAUCACAUUCACUGCAACACCCUGAUCUAUACUUCUACUUACUUCUUCGUAGAAUGCAAUUAGGUUUGACAUUAGUUUUGACCUGACCUAUGUUUUGUAAAACCAUGUUGAUUAUUGCUAAUAACAAAGUUCUUCCCAAUGAAUUCCUGAAUAUUAUCCCUUAAUAGCCCUUCAAAUAUUUUCCCAGCCACAGAAGUUAAGCUCACAGGUCUAUACUUUCCAGGCAAGGAUUUUGAACCCUUUUAAAACACAAAAAUCUUGAAAGAUUAAAUACAGAGGUUCACUUAUUUUCCCAAUUAGCUCCUUAAGUACUCGUGGGUGAAUACCAUCAGUCCCCAGAGCUUUAAUUUUCUUUAACUGCUGUAGCACCUUAUCUCGAAUCAUCCAAUCACAAGUUAUCUGCAAGUUUUUUGCAGCAAUCAUUUGCAUAUCUCUUGCCAUAGGAUCCUCAUUAACAUAUACUGAAGAAAAAUAGUUAUUUAAAAUUUCUGCCUUUUCCUGGUCUUCAUUAACUAACAGACCCAUCUCUGUUUUCAGUGCACCUACACUUUCAUUUUUUGUUGAAAGAUUUGCACACUCCCCUCUGUUUAAAUAAUGUUAAUGGUCAUGUUUUCUGCCUCCUUAAAGGGAUACUCUAAAUUCCUACAGCACUUUAACUUACUGUAAUGCUGUAUGUAUAAAGAGUAUCUAAAGUGUAGCUUUCAAUAGAAAUUGGCAUUUUUAAACAUUAACCUGUUUACACCCCCCCUAGCUGUCAAUCAGAAAACAGGUCCUGUUACUUCCUGGUUUGGUUAGCUCAGUGGAGCUAAACUCAAGAGGCAGCAACUGUCCAGAUCUCCUGCCUUGCAAAAGCUUAUCAUCGAGCUACAUAGGGAAGUCUCUGAUUGGACAACCAUAGAAAGUCAAGGUGAGCAAAGGCAGCAGAUAAAAGAAGUACAGAUUUUACAAGCUGUUUUAGACAUACCCCAAUGAAAAUCAUGCAUUAUUAAAUCCAUGAUGUUUUCACUUGGGAAUAUCCAUUAAAUAGUGGAGUGUCCUUGUAAUAUUCUAGUGCAAUUAUAUUACUUCACUUAUAUUUUUAUUGUUCUUAACAAAAUUUGGAAUUCACGUGUGUGACGAAAUGUCUUUUGUCACUGGAUUUUUAGGUGACAAGCUGCCCUUUGCCCCUGGCUGUUGGAGGAGCCUGAUUGCCAGCCUCCUGCCUCAUGACUAUGGCCCUAGGUUGUAUUGCCCUUUACAAACAUUAUUUGGGCUAAUGGAUUUAUAUUGUGCUGCUGCAGGCCCUUUAAGAAUUGCAUUGUGGCUUAUGGACUUGUAUUGGACCAUGCUGGCCCUUUAAGAACCAUCUGGGGACAUAUUGAGACUUUGUGUGACAAUGCCUCUUUAAGACGGUGUCCCCAGACUUGGUUAAAAUCCUUUGUUCAUUGCUAUUAUCCACUUGGUUCAGUAAAUGGGGCUUACUGAACCAAGUACCACACAGGCGGACCACCUAGAAGUGGAAGUGUGCAGGCAAUUUACCUCCCAGGCUGGGAGCCUGCUGUAGGUAAAUUGCCGACCACUGGGUGGCCGCAGUUCGUGCAAACGAACACGUGGCGGUGGCCAUCUUUGUUCAUUCGAACAAGGUCAGCGGUAUGUGUAGCCAAAUUCAUGGAACUGAAAUUGGCUACACAUUUCAACAAACAUCGCUGACCCUUACCUUCUCCUACACUCCGUUUUCAGCUACAGAGACUAAGUCCUGUUCGGCAGUUUUAACUCACUGUUAUACUGAGCCAAAUGCAUGAACGGCCUCGGUUACAACGUGUCCGUACAUCUCCAUCAUGCAAAAUUCUUAAAGAGAAAAAAAAAUCAUAUGGAAAAAUAAGUAGCCAGGGAAAAAUUUAAUCUGCUUUUACUACCUUACCUUUAAACAGUUUGCACAUUGCUCAGUGUCAGUAAAUUACAUUUGCUAACUUCGUCCCACCUCUGUGUCUUGAUUUGCAGAAAGUAAAAAAUGACUUCUAACAAUUUUAAUAACCAAUAAUUCAUAGAAUCAAUUUAGCGAUCGCAUACUUUCCAAACAGUGGCAGAACUAAUGUAGAGAAAACCCUGGUGCAGGAAAUCUGUUUUGUGUCCACCUUACCUAGUGCAAGUGUGGCCAAAAGGUAGAUCACUAUCUGUCAUACAACUUCCACGAUGUCAACUGGAGAUCUACUAUUUGCCCAUCCUUUCAGGGUUGUAUUUCUGAGCAGUGUAUGUGCAUUUGAAAGUAGUCAUGUUUUUGUAUGGAGUAUAUGGGUGCAUGUAGGAGUGUAUUUGUAAGUACUGUUUGUCACAAACGCACCCUACUUCAAGAGUGUGAUGUAGUUGUGGUGGUCAAAGGGUUAAAGUUCACUAUUUGUCUGCACUAGACCGGAAAUAAUGAUAACAAUCCCUCUUAACACCACCCAUACUUAACCAUAAUACUAAUAAUAUUACUAUCUUAACACUGUCACCACCAGGACAAUUUAUAAAUGGGUUGCCUUGGUCCCCCAGGUAACUUAAUAAUAAAAACCCACCAGAUACAACUUAGCACAAUACCUAUGCAAUUGCAAAACACUCAUUGGUGUCUUCGGGUAACGUGAUUCUUUAUCAGACAAAGGCAGAACUUAUUAAAGGAAUAUUUAUUAUGACAAAAAAUAGUCACAGUGCAAACGAAAAUAUAGAUGACAAUUAAAUUAGUUACACCAACAACAGAUAAAAACAAAAGAGAUAAAAUAACAGAAGUCCUAAUCACUUACUCAGGUUUUCAAAGUAAAAUUUCUAACCAGGGGGUCUCUUGUAAGGGAGAUUGUGACUCACUCAGAAUUAGAUUCUGGCCCCCAAGCAAGUACAAACACAUUUCAGAAUCAUUAGAGAUAUACCCUGUUAAUUACCACGCCUGGCCUAGAGGUGGGGAUAAGGCAGACCUAUGAAACAAUAAGUGACCACCCCCUUGUGUUCCAGACCAGCAUCAAUCCAAAUGGAAACAUUUAGUUUUAUCUCCUGUUAUGUACUUGCCACAGAAAUAAGAAUUGCAUCUAUGAAUUUACCACCAGUUUUCCAUUCCAUAGAUAUUUCACACUCCUUACUUGUGACCCAAUAUAGCGUACAUCACAAUCCCUUCCCCUAUGGUUAAGUUACGCAAAUCAUGUUUGGGCUUGAUUAGAAGAUUGUGCUUUUCCCAUUCUAAAUAUAAUAAAAAUGAGGCUUAAUUGUUAUUCUGUGGGUACAUAUUAAUGUUUCUUUUGGAUAUGAUACUUAAACACAAGGCUAAUGAUCAUUAACAUAUUAAUGAAAUUAACUCAUCAAUUAAGAGGUAGAGGCCAUAUAAGUGAAAGGAACUCACUUCCUCCCAUCAUCGGCCAUAUUACAGGGGCAUAGUUGUGUUGUUAAAGGGCCACAACACCCAAUCGGGCACCUAUUCAUAAAUAACAUUGGGUGUCCCGUGCACUUAGGGUUACCUUGCAUGCAGGCCCUGGUGCUUUUGCACCAGCUGCACUGGCGGUAGUUCUGCCGCUGAUCCCAAGUGUACCUGUUUAGGAGAAACAGUCCAUAUUCUAGGGGCACCUAGACUCCUAUGCCAACUGAAUUUAAAUGAGAGGACGGUGUCUCAUGGGCGAACUGCAUGCAAUGUCACUUUAAUUAUAAUUUUAAUAGAGCAGAUAUGAUAUGCAUUGUUAACAUAUACAUCAAAGCACUAUCACUUUGUUUAGGUUUGACACUGCAUUUUUUUCAUUACUGUAAUUUUGCAUUAUAUACAUUCACAUACAGAUGAUUAAAAUACACUUUAGCUUAUUUAGCACUAGCACUAUUUAAUUUGGCUCCCACAAUGGAAUGAAUGUAGGACCCUUCGAUAUUGUGGUACUGUGAAGUAGUGGUGGGCUUAACACAAUAUGGCCAUAUGGAGGAACUGAAUAGCCAUAUUUGUUUGCUGAGAUAGGUGACUUUAAGUGGUCUCAUGUUCUAUUUUUCUGUGUGCACUGUUAUUAAUCUGUAUUAUAUAUAAAUUUUGGUAAUUACAGCAGCACCAUUCCUGCAAAAUGCAUGCUCCGGUUGUGCCCCCAGUUCCUUUUUGCCUUUGCAAGGGUGUCUCAAGUUGUGUGCGUAUCUCUGUGUCAGUGUGUAUAUGAACUUGUGUGUAUGUUUCAGUGUGUUUAUAUGUGUGUAUCUGUGUAUUAAUAUGUGUAUAUAUAUAUAUAUAUAUAUAUAUGUGUGUGUAAGUAUGUAUAUAUGUAGCGGUGUAUGUGUGUAUGUGUAUAUAGCCAAGCAAUCAAACACCAACACAACAUGCAAACACACUCCUGCAAUUUAACACAAAUAUUAAAUACACACACACACACCCCUUUACUCAAACACCAAUACUACACACAAACGUGUAUCCACAUUUAAACGCUAACACUACAAGCAAACACACUCCUGCAAUCAAGUGCAAACAUUAAAUACAAACACUAAAAUUGUACACAAACAACCCUUUAUUUAAACUCCAACACUACACACAAAAGUAAACUGCAUUUAAAAGUCAACACUAUACAAAUAUAACCCUGUAUUCAAACACAAACAAUAGUACACCACUGCAUUCCAAUGGCAACAGUACAUACAAAUACACCCCUACAUGCACAAAUGUACUCUGUGCAAAAACAUGCUUACAUUCAAAUGCACAAACACUACUCACAAAUACAACCCUGAAAGGAUGGGAAUGUGGUAGAACCCCAGCUGGCAUAGCAUCGUUGGAAAUGUACGACAGAUCAUGCUCUAUCUUUUGGCCAGUCUUGCACUAGAAGGGGGCAAGAGACCUUCUUGCACCAGGUACCUCUCUACAUUAGUUCUAUCACUAAAUGUAUUGCUUGAUUCACUAUUUAUAGAAUAAACCCCACUGUUUGUAGUUGAAUACAUUUGCGAAUAAGAGGAAUGCUGACUAAUAUCAAGAGCAUCAAGUAACAAAUGACACCCUUUUAAGGAUUUUGGACAUCUUUAAUUUUGAAAUAUGUCAUGUAAUAGGAGCAUAUACCAUUAGCAUACAAUAUGCAGACUCAGGGAGAUUACACAAUCAACAAUCAGACUUGUCACCCAAACAAUCAAGAAAAUACUGGAGGUGAUUUUUUUGAACUUUUCUUUCUACCCAAAGACAAGUUUAGACAGCGUUAAACAUGAUUUUUGUCCUGCCUUCACUGUGACAUAAAAAAGGCAGUUGGAUCACAGCUUGAAUUGAGAGAGUGAAAUCCCUUUCAACAUCUCGAUCUAAUUAUGUCAUCAAUGUUACUCCCCUCCUGUUUAGAUUUAAGUGUUUAAUGUCAAAUUAAGAUGUUGGUGGCCGCUGUACAAGUACCAUAUAUCUGGAGUAUUACCACCAUUUCAAAUGUAUUAAUUCCAUCUGCCAAAAAAUGUAGAUAAUUAUCAACUUUUUUUGGUCGAUUUUUUUAGAUCGAAUUUCGGAUGGAUUUAAUGCUUUACAUAAUUCAAGCUGCUAAACUUGAAAAAUGGGUUGGCUGACCAUAAUAUAUGGCUUGGCAACUGAUAAACUCUUUAUCAAGACUAUUGGAUCUAAUGUAUUUAAGGCCUAGGUCGCUUUAAUCUAUCUCAGUGAAAAUAAAAAAAAGAAAAGACAUAUCUAUUUUAAAAAUAUCAAUGAACAAAGAACGUCACUGGAUGCCAACCAAAACUCUUGAAGCGACCACCUAAACGGUAUUUCACAUACAGCAUUUUAAUGCAUCUUUAGAAAUUUUAACCUUCUUAAAGUUAAGGAUCAAGGCUUUUUUGAGAUGCCACAAGUUUGUGACCAAGGCACAAGGCCAUGCGUUCAUUCUUCCACUAUUUCCCACCUUCUGUUUAAGUACACCCAUACUUAUUAUACAGUUAGGUCUGAAAAUAUUGGGACACUGGUACAAGUUUUGUUAUUUUGGUUGUUUACCAAAAUAAAUUGAAGUUACAGUUAAAUAAUGAAUAUGGGCUUAACCCCUUAAGGACACAUGACAUUAUUAAUUAUUCCAGAAUUUUGGUCCUUAAGGGGUUAAAGUGGUCUCUCGGCUUUAAUUUGAGCUUAUUUACAUCCAAAUUGGAGGAAGGGUUUAGGAAUUACUGCUUUUUAAUAUGCAGCCGCCUCUUUUGCAAGGGGCCAAAAGUAAUUGGACAAUUGACUCAAAACCUGUAUCAUGGACAGGUGUAGGCUAUUCCUUAAUUAUAUCUUCAUCAUUUAAGCAGGGAAAAGGUCUGAAUUUGAUUCCAAGUGUGGCAUUUGCAUUUGGAAGCUUUCCCUGUGAACAAAACAUGUGAUCAAAGGAGCUCUCAAUGCACGCGUAAAAGGCCCUCCUUAGGCUGCAAACCCCCCCCAAAAAUGCAUCAGAGAGAUAGCAGGAACAUUAGGAGUGGCCAAAUCCACACUUUAGUACAUUCAGAGAAAAAAAGAACGCACUGGUGAGCUCUGAAACACAAAAAGGCCUCGACGUCCACGGAAAUCAACAGUGGUGGAUGAUCGUAGGAUUGUUUUGAUGGUAAAGAAAAACCCCUUCACAAUAUCCAGCCCAGGAGACAGAUAUCAAAACCCAUAAAGAGAAAAGUUAACGAGAGCAAACACAAAGGAUUCACUACAAGGUGCAAACUAUUCACAAUUUACCCUUGGGCUUAAGCUUCUGGUCUUUCUACCAUCACAGUACUGCCAAAAAAAUCAGUGACCCUUUAAUAGGAUCAUCAAAAGUUUAGCCACUGCAACACCUCAAAAAGAUUGGAAAAUGCAUUUUUAGCCAGUACUCAAAAAUAUUUCUAAUUUAGUGUAUGAUCAGAACAAACACCACUAACAGCUCCCUGUCGUGAUGGCAUGUACAAGCAAUCUUAACUAAAAAUUCCUUGUUAAUUAAUUCCACCAAUUAAAGGAUGAACAAGCACUGUAACUAAUAUAUACUGGAGCAAAGUUGAUGGCACAACAAAAACUCAUGCACAGAGUGCGUAAAAUGUUUUAGAGGUGCUUUAACCCCUUAAGGACACAUGACAUGUGUGACAUGUCAUGAUUCCCUUUUAUUCCAGAAGUUUGGUCCUUAAGGGGUUAAAGAAAGACAAACGGAUUACAAUAUCCAUAUAGAACAUAUUGAAGAUAAUUAAACACCUGUCAUCUAUUAGGAUAAUCAAUGCAUUUGGCUGUAUGUAACCUGAAAACUGUGAUGUUUUUUGGAAACCCCUCAAAUGUGCAAUUUUGUUGUAGAUAAAGCGGCACUGUAGAAUCCGUAUAAUCUUUAUGGAAUACUCAUUUUGACUGUGUUGUAAUUUCACUGAAAUUCCAACCCAGUCAAGAGAUUUACUGAGACAAAGUAGGAACUAGUAUAUGUCUUACACCUAACACUUCUAGACACUGGGCAGAGCUACCACCAUCUAGAAUGUCAAUCAGCUAUGGCUGCAGGGAAUUGGCUCUCUCUAUGGAGGAACCUGUGGUCUUGCGGGAUCCUCUAUAGACUUUAAAUCUGUGCUCUCUCACAUGCGCUGAGGAACGGGUUCAGGUAAGUAAAUCUCACCUGUGCCUGUCCUGCCGGCCAUUGGGCCACAAGAAGGUGACAUUGCCGAUUUAACUUUGCAUUAUCAUUAUUAUGCAUGACAUUGCAAAUUAACAAUGAAACCACAGCUCAUGUUCAGUUUUAAAAUAAUAAUGUUUUCUGACUUUGGCAUCGUCACCAGCAGAAAAAAAAAGAUUUACUUAAUUUGGAUUGAGAAUGCUUUUAUAACGAUUACUUGAUACCGACUGAAAGUCCGUCAACAAUAUCACUGUUACCAACACUGGAUUAUGAUUUAGGUCAGUGUAUGAAAAAACUAAAAUUAACAUGUGGUGGCAUAUACAAUCAGUGCUAUCCCCAUUUAGUUGUAUUAACAGAACAACAGCACAUUUCAUCUUCAGCGAAUGUGAUAACUAGUAUUAUUGUUCUAACAUAGCAAGAUGUUUUAAUAACUAUGCAUUUUCUUCUCAAUUCAGGACACAGAACAAAAGAGGGUCACACAGACUCCGUACACAAGUAUGCCAUAACGUUUAAUCAAUUGUGCAACAGAAACAAAAGUUUUCUAAUGGUUUCUAAAGCGUUAAAAAAACCUGAAUGGUGGGAGUCGGGGGGGGUUGGGGGGGGGAAGGAAAAGAAAAUUUUGAUUUGUUUCCAUAUGCCUUUUUUUUAUUCAAAGAUACUGAAUAUAGAAUAAAAUGGCACAAAGUUAAGACAAACAGUGGAUGAAAACAAGGCCAACUCUUGCUCCUUCCUUGCAUUCCUAGAAAACUAGAGCGGUGGAACAGCCGAGGUAUCGAGGGAACGAAAGAAUGUUUGGGGAUUUAGCUUUUAUUGUAAACUAGUGGUAAAUACAGCUAGAAUCACAUUUACAUGCAAAAGGAAGCAGUUCGAACUGCUCAUAUUUACACAAAAUGUCUUGCUGAUCUUGGUUUAAAAAAGAACGAAAGAAAAAAAAAAAGAAAAAAAAAAAGGGAGAAAAACAGACAGGCAUUUCCGUUUCCAGAGAAUUUUGAAAAUUACGCUUAACUUAUCAGUGAAAGCAUAUCUCCAAUUUCAUCGUGCACAGGCACGGAAAGCCAAAUGCACACUCUGGAAAAAGUGAUAAUGGAGGGCUGUGACAACACGUACAUUGUGCCCUCUUUCUCAGUUUUAGAGUUUAGAGUAUCAGCACAAAUUAAAGCAGAAACCAGUCCUGUGUUUUAAUGACAGGGGGUGAUAGGAGACAAGAAGAAAACAGCAAGCUGUCUGGUCUGCUCAGGAAGUUAGGAAUCAGUGGCAUUGUCCGUCAGCAGGGGCCAAGAGAAUUCCGUCAGUGUUCAAACAAUGCUUCAGCUCAACCUCAGGGAAAUUGAGUCAGUCAGCACUGAGUCUGACAAGCAUACUGACAGUGGAGAUAAAACUGCAAAUGGAGAAUAGCAGAGGGAGCUGCCCCCUGCACUGUGUGAUUCUCUUGGUUACAGUGUAAUUAGUCUCAAGGAUGCAAUACACAAUAAUCAGCGCAAGCUCAUAGUGCAUCCCACUAUUGAAUGCAUGGGGCGAUCAAUUCGUUGCACCUAGAUGGAUUGAUGUUAAGCACGGGUUUAUUUAAAUUAGGUGUAAAAUGAGAAAUAAACAACCCCCUCCCCUCACCCCACAAUGUAAUCAUGGAAAAGUUUAUUGACAACCAAUACACUCACAUCUCUUAGUGUAUUGUUUUUUUGUUUUUUUUUUAUCAUUGCUGAAAAUAUAAGAAUACAGUAAAUGUUAUUCACAUUUAAAAGGUCAUAGUAAUAGAUUAAAUAGUAAAAUAGUAUAGUACAUUUCUAGUUUACAGCUAAUACAUAUUAAAGGGAUACUGUAGUCACCAAAACAACUUUAGCUUAAUAAAGCAGUUUUGGUGUAUAGAUCAUGCCUCUGAAGUUUCAGUUCUCAAUUCACUGCCAUUUAGGAGUUAAAUCACUUUUAUUUCUGUCCAUGCAGCCCUAGCCACACCUCCCCUGGCUGUGACUCACACAGCCUGCAUGAAAAGAAAUGGUUUCACUUUCAGUUCAGUUGUAACUCACUUUAAACGUUAUCUCCUGCGCUCUAAAUUGAACUUUAGUCACACACACGAGGCUCUGGCAUGGUCUAGGAAGCUAUUAACAGUGCAAGGGAUAAGAAAUUUUAAAGUAAACCCAAUUUGCCAUAAAGGAAGUAUGAACAUUAGAUGACUUUUUACAGGAGGUGUUUAGAAAGGCUUUGUAAGUCACAUGUAGGGAGGUGUGACAAGGGUGCAUAAACAAAGUGUUUUAGCUCCUAAAUGGCAGAUAAUAGAGCAGUGAGACAGUAGGGACAUGAUCUAUAUACCAAAACUGCUUCAGUAAGCUAAACGUGUUUUGGUGACUAUAGUGUCUCUUUAAUAUUUCAUUUGAAGCUCUGAAACUGUUCCAUAGUGAAGUUUUGAGCUAGCCCGGGGAUUGUGAAUGAUUUCAAGAAUUAUGAACACAUACGACCUCUUGGUUACAUGUUCUAUCUUUCAUCUAAUAAGUUGUGCUUAGAAUCAAAGAGGAUUUAAAGAUGGCUGCUCCCACAGAUCCAGGAAACGUACUUAUAUGUAUUCAUUGCAAAAUACCACAUACGCUCGAUGUGAACUUUAGUUUUAAAUAAUAUUAAAAAUAUGAUAUAGCCUCUUUAAUAGAUAGGUUAUAGAUAAAGCAGUAAUGCCCAUUUCAUUCCUCCAGAAAGUCAACAUUUAUUUAUUAGACAGAGGACUGACAUUAGUUUAUUGUCAGUUAUUGGCUGUGAGUAGAAUUUUAACUGUAUUAUCAGUAAUUUAAUAUGGAGAAAACAAUAAUGCCACCCAUUCCAAAAUCAGUAAAAUAAAUACUUAUCCCUGUUACCACCAUAAUUUGGUUAUAUUUAAAGUCACUGUCACAAAUGCACCCUACUUCACGAGUGUGCGUGACGUAGUUGUGAAAGGGUUAAAUUUCACUACUUGUCUGCCCUUGACUGGAAAUAAUGAUAAACUCCCACUUAACACCAGCCACACUGAACCAUAAUAAUAUAAAUAUUACUAUUUCAACGCUGCCACCACCAAGGCAAUUUAUAAAUGUGGUCCCUUCUUCCCCCAGGUAACUUAAUAAUAAAAACCCACCAGACGAGUAGAUUGCACCCUCAGCACGACGGAGACACACUUCCUACGCGACCCCCCCCCCCCCCACCCCUCCUUCCACAUGACACAUAGACACACAAAAGACCCGGAGGGACACAACCCCCGGGGGCACGCGGACCGACUUAAGGCUCCGCACAAAGCGGAAUCUAUGAGAAAGCAGAGACAGAGACGGAGGACCAUGGGUCACGGGAGGGGAGGAGUGACCCGCUAGAGCGACAUAUGGACCAAUACACUAGGGGACGGAGGGAAGAGAGAGACUGGGACGCAAGGAACAUGGACUCACCCCCACCCCAGACACAAGAAGCCACGACCUGAGCCAGUAGCACCCGGCCCAGACCACGCCAACUAACAACCGGGGCUGCCGCAGGUGGCAUACAUAACCCCACACACACCGAACCCAGCGAGACCCAAGAUAAGAGAUAACAACCUAGACUUAGGUAUCUAGAAGAGUCACGGGGACCGUGCUACAUGCCCCAGGGCUGAUAUGAUCACACCCACCACACGAGCGACUCAAACCAGGGGCCUGAGGAGACGACACGGCAUCUGACACAGACCCCACACACCGCACAACGAUAGAAUAAGACAUCACAGGACAACCCUACUUAUACUAGCUGCGCCUACGGACAACCCAGGUCAACUACCCCCAGGGAAAACCUAAAACAGAUCGACUCAGGGAAACUAGGGGGUAACCACACGGUCACAGGGGCAAAAUAAUUGGCCCCCUCAUGAUUUAAGACUGAGCCCAUCCACACCAGGCUCAUUACGACCUAAACCAACACACAAAUCAAACACAAACCAGACUGGAACCCCCAUACAAAGCCCCAGACGGUACCCCCCCAAAGAAGGACACACGUAGACAGACAUAACACGGAUUGGGACAAAGCUCUAUACCCAUCAACCUGGCACUAGAAACACGAACAAAUCACCACGUACGAGGCUGGGGACAAAGAUGAACCGCACCACACAUAGACGGAGACUACCACAACUCUUAAGUACCAUAGGUCACACUAGACCCAAUAAGUAAGUGAGGGGAAACCUUGCACUGAGCCAACCUCUCUAUUAGGGUCCUACCUACAAAUGAGGAAGCUCAGAGACCGAUGCAGGGAUGCACAACUCCCCCUCUGACCCACGAGCACAACACAGAGCGGUUGAAACAACCCACCCGAAAACACGCACGAAUCUUGAGGAGCAACCACAAACUCCAUUCGCACCCGACCACAGAGGGGACUAACCCCAUACAGGGCUAACGACAGAACACAAAUAGCCAAAUACUCAAACACAAUUUAUUAUCCAGUAGUUGAAACCAUCUUGAUGCUGUAAUACACAUAACUGACCCGUUUAUCUGUUACCACAUGUUAAUUUACAUUGGAUAUACAUGCUGUGAUUGAAUAUUGAAAAACUUAAAUAAAGAAUGUCAAAAACCCACCAAAUAUAACUUACCACAAUAUCUAUGUAAUUGCAAAACACUAAUUAGUCUCUUCAGGUAACAUGAUUCUUCACCAGACAAAGGCUAAACUUAAUAAAGGAAUAUUUAUUAUGAGCAAAAAAUAGUCACAGUGCUUACACAAAUAUAGAAGACAAUCAAAUACAGAUAUAAAAAAAAAAAGGGAUAAAAUAACAGAAGUCCUAAAACUUACUCCGGUUUUCAAAGUAAAACUUCUGCCCAGGGAGUCUCUGGUAAGAAAGAUGGUGACUCACUCAGAAUUAGAUUCUGGCCCCCAAGCAAGCCCAAUACACACUUCAGUAUCAUCAUGUUUGUCAUCCUGAAGAAUGCUCCAAAGGAGAGCCGAAACGUUGAUGUGUAUUUUUUAUUUUUGAAUUUGAAUUAAAAGCUAUAUUUUAUUUAAUCUGAAAGUCCCUGGAGUGCAGUCUGUUUACUGGAACAUUUGCAUCUUUUUGCUGGAUCAGCACCGGGCAAGAACGGUAUUGGUACCAGAAGUGCAAGCAUUUUUGUUUUUGUCAGUAUCAUUAGAUAUAUACCCUGUGGAUUACCAAGCCUUGCCCAGUGGUGGAGGAUAAGGCGUACCUAUAGUAACUUUAAGUGACCACCCCUUUGUGUUCCAGACCAACAUCAAUCCAAAUGGAAACAUUUGGUUCUAUCUCCUCUUAUGUACUUGCCAGAGAAAUAAUAUUGCAUCUAUGAAUUUGUUGCCAAUCUCCCAUUCCAUAGAUAUGUCACACUCCUUACUUGUGACCCACUAAGUUACGCAAAUCAUGUUUGAGUUUGAUUAGAAGAUUGUGCUUGUCCCAUUCUAAAUAUAAUAAAAAUGAGGCUUAAUUAUUAAUCUGUGGGUAAAUAUUAAUGUUUCUCUUGGAUAUGAUACUGGAACACAAGGCUAAUGGUCAUUAACACAUCAAAGGACCCCCUAUGAGGGAAUCUAGAGGUAUGGCAAUUUAGAGAGUUAGUUUAUAUUUAAACCAGACUUCCAGGCCACUUAUGUGUGACUUCUCGCACCUUGCAGAGCCUUUGAUUAAUCAAAGGAUCAAUCCAUAUGGUAAACCAUCUGCCCCUUUUCACAUUCCUAUGCAAUUUACAUUAUCCCUUCUGUCAUCUGAUCUCUACCAAGUGGCCAAUUCGUAUAUACACUACACAAAUUACAUUAAAUGGUAAUAUUCUAUUGUGCAACAUUGAAUUAUGCACUCUUGGCGUGACAGUCACUUUAACCAAUUUUUAUGCAGAUUAUUAAAACAAACACACACAUUCUACUAUAUUUUUUAAAUUUUCAUUCAAUGUUUAUUCUAAAUAUUAUGAACAUGUGACUUUAUCCAUGAUAUCUAUAGGACAGUACAACCUCCAAAGCAAUUAGGAUGUGGCUGUAUAUUUCAACCAAUGAGUGCAUUCCCAUAUAAAAGAAUAAAAAAAAUAAAAAAAUACAGCUCGGGUGCGCAUGGCAUCACGUAUAUAUGUGCAUACACAUGGGUUAAAAUAUAAAGCAACGACAUGCACUAUAAGUAGAAUAAUUAUAUCUCUAGAAUUUCUGGUGGAAUGUAGCCCUGCAGGUUUACUAUUUUUAAAAUGUUUGUGUAAUAAGUAUUUUCCUGACAUUAGCAAAACAUUUUCCUCCCUUCAACGUCAGGUUCACUAAUGCCACUUUUGGUGCAAGGCUUGUUCUCCCAGUGGGUUUCAUCAGCUGUGUGACUUCCUCGGUGUACAAUCAACAAAGUAAGGACACAAUCAUAUAUAUAUAUAUUUAUUGUCUGAUUGUUUCCUUACUAUGUCAUAAGACAUAAGAUUUACAUUAUAUUUAUUGUUUGAUCGUGUCUUUACUAUGUCCUUAAUAUAUAUAUUAUAUAUAUAGAUAUAUAUACAUUUAUUUAUAUUUUAAAAUUUAGUUUUAGUUGUGUUUAAUGCCAGCUGAAAUUCAAACAGUAGAACUCAAGAAAUGGGCCGGCUGUUAAAAAUAAAACUGGGCAAAUAGUUAGAAAAGGCAUUUUUCAACAACUUUUAGUUCUAAAAUCUGAUGACGCCAUUUAUGAGGAUAUAGGUGACCAAUAAAUUCAAUUAAAUCACCUCAUCUGAUAUUUUGAAUGUAAAGUAUAGGCAUUGGUUUAAAUACUUAAACCAAUAUUAAUCAGCUUCCGAAUAUAUGCAAAAAUCUAUGAAAACAGGGGAAAAGAUAGCUUUCGUCCCAAAAAUGUACAGCUAUCACACUCCUGCAGCAACAUGCAGAAUCGUCAUUACAGUGUUUUUUAUCCAUUCAUUAUUUGUAGCCUCCAUCUUAGGACUUCUGAGAAAGACAAUCAGUCCACAAAUAUUCCAUAGUAUAAAUAAUAAAUAGUGACUUUCAGAUGAUAUUUAGAAGAUGCUCCUGUAGCCUUUUGCAACUGUUGGAAGUAGAACUGUUGGAAUGUUCUACUCUGUAUCUUAGAUGGGAACUUUGGUAGAUUCUCACCAAUAGUUUAUCGUUGUUUCCUUGAUUGCCUGAAAUUUAGAAGGUAUAGGUAGUCUUGAUAAAGUGUCAGUCAUCACAAACCGUGUAGAUUGCCAUAGCUGUGCUGAUUUUGUGAGUUUCUACUCUAUGUUGACUGACAGAUUUUGAAUGAAAAUUUCAACAAAUUUUUUUUUCAUAAUAAGCAGUGAUGAAUGUCCGUGAAAGUUGAUAUUUAUUAUGUUGGCUUCUGAUAAGCUUUUAUCGGCAGUAAUUUCAUUGAUCUGAACCAAUAAAAGGCUUAUCAAGAGCUGAUAACCUACAAAUUGUGCAUUAGUGAGUGAGUUGCUUAAAUGUUUUUCUCCUUAGAUAUUUUAAGCACUGCUUUGUUACCACUCUAAGUCAGGUUAACUACUAACAGGUUAUUUUUUAAAUGGUUAAUUUACUAAUACAACUCCAAAUGAAAAAGUUAAAUGAAAAAACACUAGUUUCUCUUUUUUUUUCUCGCAGUGUGCCCAAUGGAGGAAGUACAAGCCGUGGCCUUUCACAUGACAUCAUAAAAGUCAAAGUUAUCACCAGCCACCAAACAUCUAGAAAAUCAUAACAUCCUUUCAGGAAAGCUGUGUGGAAAAUAAUCAGGUUUACUUUGAUGAAAGUUUUA